AUGCGAGUAAUCUCCAUUCCUUUUAAUUUUUACUUUCUUUUUUCAGCUUUGCCGCUAUCAGGAUGGAAUGCGACUGUUUUGAUGUCCAGUUAUUUUGGUUUUAGUAUUCAGUGGUCUUCGCUUCGCACGAACAUUGACCGCAAUGCCAGAUUUUACUUGAUUCUUAUUAACAGUCCAGCGGGAAAUUUGCUAGCUGUAGAAACUGUCCCCGGAAGUGCGACAACUGAAGAUAUCACUGGGCUAAGACCAUCCACAAGGUACCGAAUUGGCGUGUAUGGAAUAGACGAGACUGGACAAGCCUACAAAAGCAGUGAAAGUCUGGUUUCCACCACUUAUGGUAAACUACACAUUUAAAAUUGUAGUCUGUUUCUUGCUACAUGCAAUAGACUGAAUAGAGGUGAAAUGACUUUAUCUUAAGGACAGGCUUAGGUUCCCUAAUAACAGAAGUACCAAUGUAAUGAAUAUAUUUAUCGUCGUUUGACUAGCAGCAGCAAAGGGCUUCUGGGGACUUGACAUAACUAGUUGCUGGAUCAAUUUUUUGGACCCCAUUAAGUAAAUGAUGUUGUAGAGAUCAGGGUAUUGUUAAGCACCAGCUUACCUAUAAUUUAAUCCCGGUCAUACUUCACGGUCUCGAAUGCGGAACGUUUGCAAUGGUUUGAUAACCGGAUUAUGAUUCCUUCUAAGAAAAGGGAAGCCGAUACAUCCAGAUUUGAUAUCCUGGCGCACUGAGACGAUACUUUGAUAGGGACGUAAGCGCCACGAAGGUUCAUAUUCCUUGCUUUUAGCGCUACUUGCACACAUGAGCUACCUCACUCUCAGCUCGCUGCUAAAUCAUGCCCGGACACAACUUACAUGUAACCUAGGUUAAAUGAAUUAUCUGAUGGAAUCAGACUAAAGCUUUUGUCCUUUUGCCCUUCUGCAAUAAUAGACAUUUAUUUUAAUUUUUCUAUUUCAUAUAGUAUUUUGUGGGUCUCGACCAAGCGCUAGUAGUCGAAUUGUUGGUGGUUCAGUUGCAAGAGUCAAUAGCUGGCCGUGGCAGGUGAUGUUGAUCAGAACGUCUGGAAGCCAGUUUUGCGGCGGAUCGCUAGUAGACCCUUAUUGGGUGGUGACCGCUGCACAUUGUGUCAACGGAAAAUCGCCGUCUUCUGUCAAAGUAAAGUAAGUUACGCUUAAAAUAUUUCAAAACCAGAGAUAAUACUCCACUUUAGAAACUCUAGGGAGAAUAGGUACAACCUUUGGGCGCAGUGAUUUCUGGGAUUGUUUGGGUGGACAAGCGUUAGUUAUGGUUGGUCGAUUUGUUGACCCCAUGUUCACAAUUCUAAUCAUUAGAUAUUUGAGCUCGCCAUUCUUUCAAACGGGCUUUUAUUCCUUUUCUUUACAUUCGUGUACAUGCAUCUUGGCAAUGGGUAUUGGAACUAUCACUGUAGUAAGUGUCGACUGUGUUGGUAUUGGUGGUUAUGAUUUUAGUGAUUGUUUUGGUUUGCGUCUGGCGUUGAUGGCGGUGGUGUUGAUGGUAGCAGUUGUGCUCUAGUGCUACGUGCUGUUGUUUGCAGUGAUGCUGAGGCUGCUGAUGCCGAACCCUUCAUUUGAACGUCUAACAGAGAGUAUCGGUCUUCUUAUAUUGAGUGUCCUUUGUAUCGGGGAAGAAUAUGGUAACAAUUAACUUACUAAAGAGUCAAAGGAAGCUGCAUGUGUCGGGAUGCUUUGUGAGCGCCCAAAUUGUCGUGGGACACGCAAUUUUGCUGCCGACUCGUUUCAAUAGGCACUCUUCCGUAAUGUUAUAAAGUUUCCGGCACUGGUCCAUAAAAAACGAUCCCAAACUUUAUACAAUUACUCCCUCUAUAAUACGGACACCUCUAUAGUGAUGUGGUCACUUCACUCCGUCUUUUUAAUAUUCGUAUUGGGGAAAUUUGACUGUAGUGGGAGUACUAGUUGUAGUAGGAGAUUGUGGUGGGUUGGUGGUGGAGUCAGCCAUAUCAUAGUAGUAAGUAAAUUAUCAAAGCCCUCUUCAACCAACGUAUUUAGCAUGCCUUUAUCACGCCGUAUAAUUCACCGCAAUUAACUGGCGAACUAUAAUCAAAUCCUAGUUUGAAUGCUUUCCCAUUCGUUACGUACUUACAUUCCAUAGUCUGAAUUCGAUUGUAAUUACCGCCAAAUUUUACAGUCUACCCAGAACACUUUCCUAAAUCGCAAAAUAUAUGAUUUCAUCGGGCACUUUUUGUGCCUUAACGCGGUUUGCGUUUAUAAUUUAAUCAUCAAUAACGAUCACAUCGUUUCUGUAAAGGGAAAUCAUGAAGGCCUUUCAUAAUCAUGCUUGUCCUUGUUGCUUUCAUCGUCAUCAUCACCACAUUAUCGCCGUCGUCGUCGUUUAUUGUAUAACUACUAUAGCGUAUUUUUCUUGAGUUAACAAUAAAUGUUAUUUAUAAUAUCGCAUGUGUAUGUACCGUGGUCUUGUUUAACUAUCUAUCUAUCUAUUUAUUUAUUUUUAUUUAUUUAUUUAUUUAUUUAUUUACUUCCUAAGGUUGGGAGCCCACUAUAGAACAACCGGCAGUGUUGGAACAGAACAGGAAAUCGGGGUCGCACAGAUCAUCAGGCAUGAAAACUAUAAAAACCCGUUGAGCUAUAGCAAUGACAUCGCCCUGAUUAAGCUCUUAAAACCAGCGGAUCUUGGGGUGGGCAUCGGGCUUGUUUGCCUGCCUGAUGUGCGACACGCUCUUCCUUUUGACAAUUUGAACAAAAAGUGCUGGAUUACGGGCUGGGGUACACUGUCGUCAGGGGGAUCUCAGCCAAAUUCGCUCAUGGAAGCUCAGAUACCACUGGUCUCUAAGGGGCGUUGUCUGAAUUCCUACCCUGGAAAGAUUGAUGAUUCGAUGCUCUGUGCUGGACUGGAUGCAGGAGGAGUUGACACUUGCCAAGGUGACAGUGGUGGUCCUUUGGUGUGCGAGUUUAACGGUACAUGGUUUCUUGAGGGUGCGACAAGUUGGGGUCAGGGAUGUGCGUAUGCUUCAAAGUAUGGAGUAUAUGCUAAUGUUAGAGAUCUGAAAGCAUGGAUAACCAACCAUAUUUAUCAAGCAAUACCGUCAGCUGUUUCACCACAGAAUCAAUCGGUGUCCGCGUUAGGUAAGUAUUCUAAACAGCUUUAAUAAUCGUUUUACAGAACCCUUUCUUAGAAGUAAAUUGUCCCCUUACUGUCGUCAUUUAGCCAACGUUCAUUUGCCGACUCGAAUAAAACAUGUAAUCGUCACAUUGUCAGUGCCACUGCUUUUGUUAACUCUUGAGCUUUUUUCAACCAGGUUUUACCAGAAAGCAGAUGUUUGGAAGAAAAUGUUCGUUUAAUAAAUGAAUGAAUGACUGAUUUAUUUAUUUAUUUAUUCUCUUAUUUGUUUAUUUCACGUGUUUAGCUAUAGUGUGGUGUACAUUUGACAAUGGAUUAUGCUCCGGAUGGAACCAAUCUUCUUCAGAUGACUUUGAUUGGACACUUUCGUCUGGUUCAACACCAUCAGGAUCUACUGGCCCGUCUUCUGGUCAAGGGGGAUCAGGUUAGAUUUAGUUAAAUUGUUUUCUUUAAGUUUUCAUUUCAUCCUAAAUGCAGAAGAAAUAUAGUUUUAGUGAAGUGCCCGUAGCCCAUUGCAAUUGCGUGGACUUAUGUUACACAUACAGCUUGAGUUUCUACAUCUUUGAGACCAAAUUAAAUCAAGUGCCCGUAGCCAUUGCAAUGAAGGAUGGAUAUAAAUGUAUGUUAGACAUACAGCUAACGACACCGCAUUAGUAAUUACUAAUUAGAAAUGUAAUGAAGUAGUUUAUAUGGUGUAUAUCGUAGUUUAUAUAGACUUUUGUUAUACGUUUUUCUGUCAUAGCAAACUAUAUAUAAAGAAAAGAAACACAACUUUUUGUUGACAUUUAUGUUAAAACAAACAGAACAGACAAACAAACAUAAAGCACAACACAAAGUCAGUCUCUUGUAUGUUGUCCUUUAUUGAUUGUUAAAGUAACAUUUCCCUCUUCCUCAUCUCUCAAAGGAAAAUAUAUGUACAUUGAAACAUCCUCCCCAAGAAGACCCGGCGACAAAGCCAAGCUUGUUUUUACUGUUCCCAAGAACGGAGAAAUGUCGUGCCUUUCAUUUUACUAUCAUAUGCGUGGAGCUUCAGUUGGAACUCUUAACGUCUACAACGGAAACAGCAAAGUCUUUAACAUUUCCGGACAACAGAGUAAUUACUGGAUUAUGGUGGAGAGAAACAUAAUUCUGAAUGGAUUGGUGAGGGAAAAAGUGGGCUAACACGCACAUAAAUCUAGCUAGAGUUUCGUUAACUUCGUUAUCAUCGUCGUCGUCAUCAUCAUCAUCAUCGUCAUCAUUGUCAUCACAAUCAUCAUAAUCAUCAUCAUUAUAAUCAUCAACUUUACGAUCGUCAUCAUCAUCAUCAUAAAUAAAUCAAUGGCAAGAAAAUUUAACGAGUUUUUGCAAGAUACAUCGCUCUUUCUAACUGUUAACCACCAUAAUAACCCACGUGAGAUGGUGAGAAGAAAUAAGAAGAGUAGGUGUGGUCUAUUACGCCAAUAAGCAGACUUGAAAUGUCAGGUAUAUUGCUAACUACAACUUAACACUUUUCGCAGAUAAUAUUUGAGGGGAUAGCAGGAAAUUCAUUUACUGGUGAUAUCGCGAUUGAUAGUGUAGAAAUAAACAGUGGAAAAUGUCCAGGUAAAAGUUAAUCAAUUUGUAUGUUUUUUUAGCCUGCAAACAGACUCACUUGUGGAAAAUCACUUUUCCUUGCGCGCUGUUUGCCGCCCAAAUUUUCCUCGAACUGUCUCAGCUGAGUAGCAAUUAAUGAAUGAGGCUGAGUAGGACAUGAAGAAUUAAGCAGAUCAAAAGCCGAAUUUUUUCUUUAUUUUCUUUAUUAUUCAUUCAAAAUAAUUCCUAGUUUAAAAACAUAGCUGAAACAUGCUUACCUGCAUCGAUAUUAAAUUCAACUUCGAUAGUGAAGGUUAAGGUUUGUCUAGCUCGCAAAUAUUCUCCAAAGAGCAGAUGUCACCUUCCGAGUUGUCUUCUUGCUGUUUUUGCUAUUAUUUCGCCUAGUUCCAUCUGUAGUGUGCUCUUGAAACGAGUGAAAUGUCCGUCACUUUUUUUUUUCACAACCAAAACAACUCAACCUCGUGCCCAGGUCUUAUCGGUAACGGUGCCUUAACCUGUAGCGGGCUGCAUUUUUGACGUCAUUUCCUCGUUAAGCACAAAAUUAUCUCAAAUUUGGUCAUCAGUAACUGGUUAUGGUGAAUUAUGCGUGUGCGUUUAGCCAAUCAGAAUUGGGGAAAUAUUUUGAAUGAAUAAUAAAUAUUUUUAAAAACAUUAACAACGUCUUUACCUGAAUAUUUUCAUUUUAACCUGCACUCUUACGUUGUUGUACUCAUACUUUACUGCGUUAUUGUUUAUCAUUGCGGUGCAACUCGUCUUUGCGUUAUACCAUUCAUCUCUAGUUGAUACAAUGAAACGAUCCUUUAAUUUAAAUAACACGUGCUUUAUUUACUUGAUUCUUUUGUAGUAUCCUGUAACUUUGAUAAUGGAUUGUGUUUCGGAUGGAGCCAGUCGAGGCAGGAUGUAUUUGACUGGACGCUGUACUCUGGUUCCACUCCUUCGUUGGGUACCGGACCAUCCUCGGAUCAUACAAGUGGAUCAGGUUUGAUGCCUUUUGAAAUUUAUUCCUUAACAUUUUCUUACAUUUAUUUCACGAAAAUAUUUAACAAUUAUUCCAUGAGCGCGCGUCGGAUAUGAGAUGGUAAAUAGCCAACGAGAUGCUUAGUGCUGAGUUGGCGAUAACUUCUUCAUAUCCAACGCGCGCUCAUGGAAUAAUGCCUCGUCUGGUUAUUACAACUGAAUGUUAGUAAAUUUCAUUUUAAAUAUUACAGAAUGAUCGGAUAUUAACGUAACUUCCGGUAAACCAAAGGAAAAUCACAUGACAUGUGCGCCAUUUGCGAACUUAGUUGAAUGAAAAAUCUGAAAGGGAUAGAAUUAUUCUAGACAAGUACUGUUUUCACAUUCCCUCGCUUUGACUGUCGAAUUUGACGCUGGAUAGGUCGACCUGAUCACUCUUCAAUUUCGUUUUCUUCCUCCACUGAAUUGGAGCUGCACAAAGACCCAGCUUCAUUAAUGAAUUUGUUGUUGUUGUUGUUCAAUGAAAAGCCGCUUGUUGUAGGAUUCACUUGAGGCCCGUUAUGGUCCGUUAUGGACUUGCGAAAGUGUUAAGAGGUGUAAACGUUAAAGCUCUUCAAACACGCAAAAAAUCUGCUGAUGGUUUUGAAAACUUACUCCUGCAAAGAGUUGCAAGCCACUCUAAAAAUUUUUAAGGUAAACUUUGUGGUUGUUGUUGUUGUUGCAUAAUCAGCUCCACGUACGGAAGAAGUAAGGAAACUUCGGAGAACCAUUAAUUAAUUUCAAACCAAAGUUUGUGGUUUUUUUUGUCACUGCCGGUAUGACAUGACAUUUUCUUUUUAAUUUUUUUUUUUCUGUUGUUUCCUCGGUAGAAAGCUUGCGAAAUCUAUUUUUUUCCGCCGCUUUGUCCGAGGGAAAUUUUGUUGUUGUUGUUGUUGCUGUUUUCCAUAUAAGGUCAAACUAAGGUAUAUGAGCUAAUAACCGAGAUUGAGCGAACCAGUCAGAAUGCUAGAAAUGCAUUAUCCGAGGUUGAAAAUUCAUUAAUUAAGUAUAAACAGCAACCCUUCUAUCCACAGUAAAUAAUGCCGAGAAGGCUGAGAAGCCGCGACAAAGUGAACACGAGCACAGCUUAUUUUAUUUUGGGAGAUGUGCCUUUCGCGUAAAAAAGGCCUUUCAUUCACUUAGUUCGUGUACAUACCUUUCUGGCAAUGGUAGUGAACGUAUUUUUUUAUAUAGGCACCUAGGAGAUGGGCAUGGUUCUUUAAGUCCCACAAGACUCCUUUGUGUUUUAAACAAUGGUAUUGUUAAUGCUAUUGCCAUUUCCAGGUGGAGACUACAUCUCUCCUUUAAUUCUUAGUGUUUCCAAAUUAUCAUCAUCGUCUUCACCAUUAGCCUGAGGAAACAUCCGUUUCUGCUCCCUCUUCGCCGCUGUGAGCGUUUCGCGGGGAGGAACGUUUGCGACUCAGCGACAGAAAUUCCAUACUGAUGACGUAAAAUAUGUCCGGAAUCCGGUCAGAAGUGCUGAUUGGUCGACGGAGAAGUUACAUUGUUUUAGCUAUUGUUUACGAAGGACAGACAAAAGACAAAAGGCCACAAAUGUAAGCGCAAUGGAUCUCUAGCAAAACAGUCAAUAUUUGUGGAAUAUAGUCUUCUCUAGAAAAAGCAUUUGAGUUUUGCUGGAGCUCGGUUGCAGAUGAACCCAACUCUUUACUAAAAUCGACCUGAAGAAACGUAAAAUUGAACAAAUUUGCAUUUGAACCCUAUGACAACCGGAUUUAUUAAGUAAACAUUGAUUUACGUCAUAAGUAUGGAAUUUCUGUCGCUGAGUCGCAGACAUUCCUCCGCGCGAAACCUCCCCAGCGGUGAAGAGUGAGGAGAAACGGAUGUUUUCGCAGGCUACAUAAUCAUUAUCAUCAUCAUCAUCAUUGAUUUGUCUAUUUACAGGAAAAUAUUUCUAUAUUGAAGCUUCGUAUCAUAACGUUGGUGAUAAUGCAAAGCUGACCUUUGCGGUGCCUAGAAAUAAAUCUUCAUGUUGCUUAAAAUUCUUCUAUCACAUGUAUGGAUCAAGAAUGGGAACUCUAAAUGUUUUCAGUGGAAAUAAUAAGAUAUUUACCAAGUCAGGAAAUCAGGGGAACUACUGGAAAAGAGUCACCCGGACAGUUUACUUCAGUGAUAUGGUAAAUUAAUGCGUAAACUGGUCAUUUUGAGAACUAGUAAUGAUACUAAAGAUCCAUUAACAUUUUACAGGAAAGAGGGAGGGUAAAGGGUGGAAGGGAUAGGGGUGGGGGGUAAACCAACCCACCCACCUCCCCCGUACCUCGCAUUCCCGGCUCCAGUCCAUAUUUCUUGACCUCUCAAGCUUAGAUCUUUUUCUACCGGGAGAUACUGAGCAUUGCUGUGUAAUUCCCUGAUUUCUUUCGCUUCCCAUCCAUUUAGAGGUCCUUCCUUCCGCCGUUACCACUCUCCGCUGCCUGUACUCACAUCACUCUGUCUUUCCGCACUAUGAUCAUGAAUGGUUUAAUAUAAAAUCGAUUGUGGGUUCUCUCUCUGUCUUUUUUUUGCAUUUGGGGGGAGGAGGGUGUGGUGCAGGGUGAUCCAAAUCCCCCGCCCUUGCCUUCAUGGCUCCCACUUCUUCUCGUUUACUUUUUCCCCUUUUGAAUUAGGUUGUUUUCGAUUGCGAACUAUUGAGCAUUGUUGCGUAUUUCCCCCCCGAUUUCUCUCGCUUCCCAUCCAUUCUUCCUCGCGAUUUUUCUUCUCCCGCCUCCCGUACUUUUUCCCGCCCCUUUUCUCCCAGACUCUCACACCCCCUUUCUUCCGCAAUAUACAGUGGAACCUCGAUUUAACGAAAGGCCAACGGACUGGCAAAAUGUGUUCGCUACAUCGAAGUUUCGUUAUAUGGAGGUUCUUUUUCAUAUACCGUAUUUCCUCGAAUGAUAGCCGUCCCUGGAUUAAUAGCCUCCUUCCAAUAAUCGCCAGCACCCGUAUAGCUUACCGGCUAGCGGUGUAUGACAUUUGCAGACUGCAGACUGCAGAUUGCAGAUUGUAAAUUAAAAGACACCAAAGGUGACACUAUCAAAAACAUAACAUCGUGUGAAAAUGAGAAAGUAGCCUGGGAACAAGGUUGAUGUUUUUGCGCAAAGUUACAUUGGCCUCAUUUCCAAGAUGCUGUUGGCUAUUCUUCACCGACGCGAUUCUUUAUUGACUCACCCAGGAUAUCACUAAUUGCGUUGAUUCUUUAUUCUUCUUUGAUUAUUGUGAAUUGAUAAUAACAAGUAGCAAUGCCCAUUAAUGCCUGUCUAAAUAGUAGUCUUCUGUAAAAAAAGGUGUUUAGAUUGCGAGCACUUCGUGCUCACUACAGUUACGUCUACAAAAACAACUAGGAUAGAUCACGGACAUUUAACACCUUUUAAAUGACGUAUUUCAUCUUAACAGUAAUUAAGGAUAUGCCAAAUAAUCUAAACCGAACAGAUCUUACCUGGACUCGACGAAUUACCGGAAGUGCAUUUUGAAUUUCUAAAUAGGCAAAUCGACAAUGAUUUUUUAACAGGCCAAUCAAUCAUUGCUCAUGCUCAAAUCCUAGUACACAGUUGGGGCCCCAUAGAAUAAGGAUUUCGGCGCUGUUUCACAGACAGACUUAUAUAACCAGAGUUAAGUUUCGUCUGUGGCGCAGGCUAAAUUGCUAGCCUGUUGCUACACAUUAUUCUGUUCUAAUUCAAUACGAGACGAACAGCCAACAAUUCCUUCAGGAAUCAGGUCGGUGUAAUUUGCGGGAAAAAACUUCGCUUCUAGGCCUUACAUGUACUUCUCGGAACAAGGUAAUGUUGAUGAUGACGCCACCUUGACUACGAUACUUUUGGUUUCAUUCAAGGAUUUACAGUCUUGCUGCCUCAUGCAGUCAGCAGUCUGCAGUCUGCGGUCUGCAGUCUGCAGUCUGCAAAUGUCAUACACCGUACCCUAUAGCGGGUAUACCCAUAACGGUAAACCUGGCGGAUGAAUUGAGCUAAAGUGGAGUCUGAUCCAACAAAACUGAUCACUGAUGAUUCAGGUUCUGACGCCGAGUACAUUGAUAGUGAAAGUCAAUCAAGCAACCAAAUUUGAAACAUUUUAAAUGUCUAUGUUCAGUUUAUUUGACGAGAUCACAGGCAAACUUCUAUUAUCGCUGCACCACGGUAAACGUUUAAAAGAGAAAUAUCCCCACGCGUGUGUUGCUGAAAAUGAACAUUUCCUCGAGCCAUGUCCAAAAUACUUUCUUUCUCCAGACACUGUGAUAACGGCAAUUGGACACGGCGUUGGUCUGAGGUCAAAUUUCCCUCGACUGAGGGUGGCUCAGUCAAAUUGAGUGAAAUUUAAUUUCAAGAAUUUUAGUUCGUUUCCACGUGAGAAUGAUCAUUCUUUUGGAUUAUAAUUUUAAAGAGUAAAACUAUUAUUGAUAUCCAAACUAUAACAACAACAGGAAACGUUUGUUGCGGGUUUUCUUUAUUGACUGAGCCACCCUCAGUCGAGGGAAAUUUGACCUCGGAGCCAACUGCGAUAUCAUACCAUGACUGGGGUAAGAAAAUCGUUUGUUAUACCUAAGACUUCGUAAUGUGGACGCUAGUUUUGAUCGAUUGGGGGUCCUGUGCUGUUUCUUUGCCGUUAUCGUAAAAACGUUAAUUGUGACCGGAUCCUUCCAGGUGACGUUCGAAGGAAUAAAAGGACUAUCGUUUCAAAGUGACAUUGCUAUCGACGAUGUGUCAAUUGCUGACGGAGGCUGUCCAGGUAAGAAUACUGUCAGAAUUAAGUUUCACUUACCAAGGAAAUUUCAUUUUUUUUCGGUUUUAUAGCUGAAUGAUUUUUCUCCGGGAGUUAACAUGGAUAAAGAAUAUCACCCAUCGCUUAUUAAGGAAACACUUUCAUGAUACAACAUCCUUUUAUUCUUUAGACUGCGGUGGUUUCGUGAAUCAAACGUCUGGGGUGUUGUAUAAAACAAAUGGCGGAGAUGAAGCCGAAGAGCGCUGCAUCUGGAAAAUCGGCAAGGCUGGAGUGAGUGACGCAGUUGCAAUUUUUACAUUGGAAACGAUUUACUUCCGCUAUUGCAGGUACGACUUAGGACUUCACUGAUAGAACCACUCAAAUGCUCUUAAACUUAUCCUGCAAAAGCCUUAGGGGCAUUUUGCCUUAACAUAAAUCCUGUAUUAAGCCCCCCUCUCAAAUGAGUCCCCUCCGGCUAAUAAGCCCCUCUCUCUAUUAACUCACUCUUCCCUCCCCUAAUUAUUCUUCACUUAAAUGAUAGUCUGUAUUAAUCAAUCACGACAGGAGCGCAUCAAAUGGGCUCCUGAUCACGACUGUUAAACAGUUCGUGUGGACUGAUCCAGGAUGGUUUAUUUACCAAGCGGAAGUUCGGAUUUGAUUCUGAUCCUGGCUGCAUGACUCCAACCUUCUUGUACUUGAGCUUAUCCACUUUGUACUCGAACUUAGGGCCACUUAUUUAAACGUAGUGUAGCCAGUGUUUAACAAAACCUCGUUCUAAGCCAUUUUCAAUUUGCCCAGCGGUUUUAUCUAAACACAAUCUAUUGUGAACAGUUUUAUGAAAGCAUACAGAGUAGACAAGAAAAGUGUUUAUCUUCUUAAAAUCACCCACUAAGAAAAAGAUCUUGAGGUCCGAAGAUUUGUUAAACCGUGGCUUAAGUUACACUUCGUUUAAAUAAUCGACCCUUAGUCUUUAUGGAGAGCUGAUACCAUCAUCUUUUCUAAAUUUAAAAGGAGCCCUCUUCCGAUUAAAUAGUUACGAUGUUUAAAGUAUUCAAUAAUAAUUGUCCGACAUACCUUCGGAAGCGGUUUCAUAGAAACUCUGAAAUUCAUGACUACAGCUGUGUAUAAUUUGGGGGGUUCUAGCUAUGAUCUCCAACUACCACUACCUAAAACAAACUUUCUUAAGCGUUCAUUCUCUUAUCGGGGUGCAAUGGCUUGGAACUAACUGUCAAAUCAAACACGUGAGAUAGGGGAUCUUUAAACUCGCAAUAUCCUAGGACAUAACUUUUUAUUAUGUUUUUAUCUUAUUUCUUUAAUGACUCAUUUCUUGUUAUUGUAUUGUAUUUCAAAUUAUUACUAUUUUUUUUUACUAGUAUUGUUAGUCUUGCUUACCAUACAAACUAGAAAGUCACGUUUAUGAUAGUGGAUAGGAACAGAUAAAAACUGUCAAUUCCUUUGCUAAUUAUUGUUAGUUAAUCACUAGUUUUAAUUUUUAUAACUUGUAAUUAUCACACGGCAUGUCUAAAACCCAGCUUGCUGAGCCAUUUACCGUGUUUAAAUGAAGUUGAUUGAUUGAUUGAAAUAAGCUCCCCGUCUUUAUUCAGCCCCUUCCCUCUUAAAUGGGCUUGAGAUAAAUAAGCCCCCUCUGGGGAAAAAUAAUAAUGAUAAUGAUAAUAAUAAUGAUCAUGAUAAUGAUAAUGAUAAUGAUAAUGAUAAUGAUAAUGAUAAUGAUAAUGAUAAUGAUAAUGAUAAUGAUAAUGAUAAUGAUAAUGAUAAUGAUAAUGAUAAUAAUAAUAAUAAUAAUAAUAAUAAUAAUAAUAGAAACGAUGAUGAUCAAGAUAACGAUAACGAAUGAUGGGCGAGUUACACUUCGAAUGGUUCCUUAGAAUUUUAUACCAUAAUCCUGAGUAAGAUGUGGGGACCAAAAAAAAAAAAAACUUUUCUUCUGGGCUUUCUUCCUCUUUGCUCAUUUCAGGCCAUAGAACUUUCUAACCAAAUUAUGCCCAUCGCCUUAUCAAUUCAAAUAACAAAUUAAUCAAUUAAAUUUGAACGAAGAACGAAGAUCUGCACUGCCUUAAUACCCGUGCGUGUGUGUGUGUGUGUGUGUUUUUUUUAAGGCUCAUCUUUGUCGUUUUUUUUUCCUAUAGUGAACACGCCAAGCUAAUUAAACCAGAUGGCUCUGAAGUUUUUAACCAAAGAGGCUGUAAUUCGUCUCACCCCGCUGGCACUUCUCUUGAGGUUCCAUUUGGAGAUGAAGAGCACCUUAUACUUGAUAUUUCUCUGGAAUAUAGAUGGAGCGUAGUCAACGUCAAGUACAGCAUAGUCGGUCACACACUUGACUCAGGUUUGUAACCCAUUGCCUGCUUCGCAUACACUCUAAGCCUUCUGUGUAGAGCGUCUGCACAAUAUCGUGUUCGAAUUCCGCAGAGUCGCAAGGACAUAUGUCGCCGUUUUUGAUUGGCUAGUUUCUUACGCAGUUUGUGCUUAGUCCGAUUUUAAUUAAGUGUCGACAGGCCAAACUCGACUAAUAGCUCGUGACAAGAGAGAUUGAGCCCGUGAUAGUGUGAAACGUGACCUUAGAGUCUGCUUGAACAACGGACGUUUUUCUUGGUCUCUUUUUGGGUAGUUUAUGCAGUGCAUGUAGUAUUAUACACUUUGACUGAGCAACAUUUUUGUUGGCCGCUUUCAGUCUCACAUUUUGAGGUUAUGAAGUUGGUCUGUUCCAUGCAUAUUGAGUAAUUAGUACCUGUGGCUUAUGUUUCUGACAGGAUUUGAUCACAUAUGCAGUGCAUCAUUAAACCAGUUCUUUGGUUUUCUCCGAAAUGCCUGGACCUGAAUAGCUACAUGUGUGUAGUUUUUUUUGGCCGUGGGCAUGUUCUCCUGAUUUGUUUUCACGCUAGAACUGUCGGCUAGAUUGCAAAAUACGUGGCAGUACAUCUGCAGCGAUUAGAAGGCGCUGGAAAACCAGUCGGCAAAUUUACAAGCAAAUUCUGGCCUUGAAGAAAUUCUCACAAAGCAUUUUUUUUCUUCAGAAGAAGGCUUUAAAGUUCGAACUGUUAUUUCAUUGUAAACGAUCCUUGCCAACUCCCUUCUGUUACUUUUGACAUGUCACUGCACCCAACCGUCACGCACACGUAAUCGUGUAGUACUACUUUCGGCACAAUGAACUGUAACUACAAUUUGAAGCGUACAGUUGAUGCUCUGUAACAGGGAGGGAUUGGGCUAUUGUCAGCACGAAAGCUAUACGGUAAAGCACCCGCGAAGUAAUCUUUGCGCGUAUGGCACUGUGUACUAUAUUAGCAUGGAAUAAGAGGCGGCCGCUCUAGUUCACUAGUGACAAUACUGGGCGUGGUCUAAUUGCCGGCCAAUUUUUAAGUUCAAUUUUUAAGGCCAGUCAUUAAAAUAUGCAUUAUCGCUAUUAGAUAUCGAUAACUCGACUUGUAAAACGAAUCCUUUGAACUUAAUCUCAAAUUACGCAUUCUUUUCACCCCUUACACGAGAUGUUGGAUUUCUUUUUCUUUUCUUUUUUUUUUUUGUGCGUAGGAGGGAAGAAACUUUGCUUUGUUACCAUAUCUUUAACUUUCCAACACAGCGUAUAUAUUUUACAGUAUUAAUAUUAUGGAAGUGAAAAUGAUCCUCGCAGUUGAAUAAACAACUUAUUAUAAGUGGUUGAAAAAGAACCUGAAAAAGUUCAGGCUUGACCGAACGCACCCAUUAAACUUAUCAAGCCAACUGUAGAGCAUGCCAUUGUAAUUUAUUCAACUGCAAGGAUCAUUUCCACUUUCAUGUCUUUAUCCGCAGUUCAAAAUUAUGCGUCAUUUCAUAUAUUUCUAUUUAGGUAUUAAUAUUAGAAUUUAUUUUAUAUUUUAAGCGGAAACUGCCCCCUCCUGGAAUAUAACAGUAUCCAGUAUAACCUCAUCUUCAGCGUUGGUAUAUUGGCCAAACCUUCCACUGCCUCAGUCUGCCAGUUACUAUUUGGUGAGGUUCAAGGAGCUCUCCAACGACGUCAGUAGGCUUUUCAAAGCCAAUAACAACUCCUAUUACACUAACCUGCUCAGGGGUUUUACAGCCUAUGAAGUCAACGUGUUCGCUGUUACGUCAAACGGAGAAAAUGGUACAUACGCAAGCAAUGAAGUCUCCAUUGUAACGGCAGAAGGAGGUAAUGACCCACCCCUUUCAUGAAAUUUCCAUGGAGUUACAUGAAAAUUGAUGUCCUAAUCCUCCAUGGAAUUCUGUUGAGAAUUUUCCAUGGAACUCUAUGGAACUACAUGUAUUUCACAUGGGCCUUAUCAGACUGUCAGUACGAACUAAGAACUGUUACUUUUCCUGAACUAUCAACAUAUUUUGCAUUUUUACUUAGUUCCCAGCCGUGCACCAACGAAUGUCCGAGUUGAAAACCAUGGGUUGAAUGAGUUCUUGGUGAUAUGGGACGUCCUUCCUGUCCAGUACGCCAAUGGCCGCUUAUUAGGAUACAACGUAUACUACAGAAGUCGCCAGUACUACUACUAUUCGGACACCAUUGUUAGAGUCAACAACACUAAUUUGCCACAAGCAAUUCUGCUGAAUGUUCAGGUUGGAGAGAGUUACCAAAUUUCGGUGGCUGCUUUCACCUCUGUAGGAACUGGACCGAGAUCACCACUUCUUUAUGUGACUAAAGGUAAAGUCUGUAACCAGGGUACUGGCCUGCAGGGUUAUACUGAAAACCCGACGCAAUAGUUAGUAGACUUGAGAAGACUGCCGGUCAUGAAAGCUAUCGACACUGAUUAAAGAUGAGAGCGACGGUCAGAGCUGCAGUUUAUGUUGGAAGCUCGCUGGCCGUGCAUAAUCCUUUGUUUUUUGUCUACAAGUGGUGUCUGAACAAGUAAAUAAACGAAAUGUUUUAGUUGGUUAGCAAGUUAAAAAAAUACAGCAAUGCUACUGGACGUUUUGCACUUUCAAGUCCACAACAGACACUGACAUGGUUUUUGCUUGUAUUUUUUUUGCCCUUGCUCAUCAGGUAAACGAUUUAAAGAGCUGAUCACGUAUCAGUCAGAGUGCUAAAUGUUGCCUUCAUAAACAGCAUCUAUUACCUUUCCUUUUUGACUUUAGAUGCUUCUCUGUCCCUAUAUUUGCCUUGACUUCCAGGGAAAAAAAGAAUUAUUAUUAUGUAGAGAGGAUAUUACACGGUGGCGCGAAGAUAUGAAUUUUAUUUUCGAGUGGCAAAACAAAAAUUUUGUUUUUGCCACGAGAAAAUAAAAUUCAUAUCUUCAAGCCGCCGUGUAAUUUCCUUUUCAUCAUAUAGACAAAAUGACAUCGCUAAAAUUAUAGAGGGAAAUUACCAAAAUUACGUCGUCGAUAAACUCACGUGUGAGAUUAUGGAAAAUAAACCACUCGGGUCCCGGAUGUAGUUUUUAUCAAUUUUACGAGGCGUAUAUUUUCCAGUAAAACACUCGUGUUUAUAUAAUAAAUAUAUAUAAUUAACUAAGUCAAUCAGAUGAGCCCGUGCUGAAGACUUAAGUUAUUAAAGUUAACAUAUUGAAAUUGAUAGAAGAAAGACAGAUGGGUGAUUUUUAAAGCACACACUAUGGAACUUGUGGUUUCGAAAGAGUUCAUCUUUAGACACAGAUGCUUUUGGAGAGAAAUCAACCACCUUGAAAAAUGGGUAAUUUUGUAAUAAAUGACUAAUAUGACAUUCUGACGGAAUUAUCUAUAUUUUUUCUUGCUUAAGAUUGUGAAGGCUCUGUGAACCAGUCGUUUGGAUGGUUAAACUUCACCCACACGACUUCCAACUCCCUCAAUUGCAGUGUUCAAAUGAAUAAUGCUGGUGCAAUUCAAGGGGUCGCCUUAGUCUCGUUCAAGUACAUUUCCUUACGGUACUGUAGGUAAGCAAAUCAAAUGACAUAUUGUUCCUUGUAGAUCAGAAAUCAGGAAGGCAAAGUAAAUAAAUGCAAGGAAAAAGUGGAAGUGAAUAGUAAAAUUCUAGAAGGUUUAUAGCAACACUUUUUAAUCGCUUAGCCUACAAAGGUUGUUUUUAAAUCACUGAAUAAGAAAAGCUGAAUAAAAAAAAGAAAUUGUUAAAACCAAACAUACUAUCGAUUGUCCAUUUCGUAGGAUUCUUCUUUUUCUAUAAUAAUACCCACGUGUUUUUGUCUUGAAUUUUAGUUUCGAUUACAGUUUUCUGAGUAUUUUUAGUUGUUUCCACAAAGCACUUGAGGUACCUCAUUUCUUAUUCUUCGCAGCGAGUUCAUCAAGAUUUAUGACAACACUGGCAACGAGAUUUUUCGCCGAAGAGGUUGUGAUUCAUCUUCUAGCGGACAGUCGGUUGAAGUUCCCUUUGGUGACGGGGGUAGCAUAACAUUGGCGGUCGCUUUUUCAACCCGAUAUGGCUACGCAAGAAUUCAAUACACAGUGUUAGACAAAGCCCUCGACUCAGGUAACAAGUUUUUGUAAACGAAGUUGUUUGCAAAAUACUUUUUAAAAGUAAAUACCAGAAGGCUGAAGAAAGGUUGCAACCACUUCCUCAGCUCUCCUAGUAUCGCGGUGGGAGUAGGAAAUAUAGUACACGUCCGAGGAUAUGUUUAAAGGAAGUAAUAAAUUACUUUACAGAAUAAGUGUUUCACAGCUUAACCGUUGAACUUGCAAAUUUUGUUUACGGUAUCAAGAUUUGCGAAUCUCAAGAUUUCUUGCAGUCCUUCCUAAAAUUAAAAAAAAAUCCUUUUUGAUCUCAUUUUUAUGCUUGAAAACGUUGUUAAAGAAUAUUAUUAUGGUGAUAAUUAUAAUUAUGGUUAUGAUAAUGAUGAUGUGGAUGAUUAUGGCGAUGAUAAUUAUAAUGACAAUGAUGAUUAUUAUUAUUCACCGACAGCGCAAGUGGUGCCUUCAUGGAAUGUUACCAUCACCUACAAGACAAUAUGGUCAUUGACAGUACGGUGGUCAACCUUCCCUUUAAAUGUCCCGAUCCAGCGUUUUUUAGUAAAGUAUAAGGAAAAAAAUUCAAACGUCAGCUUGAUCUACCACGUCUCAAAUUGGUAUAACUCACAUUACACCGGAAAUACACUUAAAGGGUACACGUUUUACGAGGUUAAUGUCGUUGCUGAAACUUCCGGGAACGGAACACUGUACUCCAGUGAAGCAAUAACUGCGAGAACUCACGAAGGAGGUAAAUAUGCCAAAACAAUCAAACAAACUAACAAACAAAUGUCAACCAAGUAAGAUGAAAUAAACAAUCAAAACCUACCAACCAAUCGAAAGCCUUUUUCUGUAUUUGAAUUUUCGUCAACCCUCUCUGAAUUUAGCCUUCCAUGCAAACGGUCUUUUGGCUCGCCAUACAAUGAACGCGUAACGGAAACUUGACAAUUUCUGCGUAGGAGGCUACACUGAAUUUGGAGAAAGGUUAGUUUAAUACUUAAAGAACAAAACAUUGUCGGGAUUUGUUAUAAUUUUUUUCAUACCUUUCCUGUUAAGAUUAAUUAAUUUCUGUAUGAUCACCCAGCAAUGUUUGGCCCUAUUUGCAAAUGCUUCGGAACUUUUCAAGUCUGUUUGUUUGUUUGUUUGUUUUUUAGCUUGAAAACAUGAGAACAAAUCAAAAUAGCAGAAUGAGCUGCCGCUUUUAGUUAUAUUUAGUUAGCCAGGUGUAUAACCUUUAUUCUGAUAUAGAGCUUAGGUAUUACUUUGACGUUAGAUACUCCUGGUAACCACCUUAAGGUAAUUUUCUUUUUUUAUAUUUCCUUUUUUGGCGUACCUUCUAACCAAUACCGUCAUUUAUAUAUAUAUUUUUUUAUGUCUUUAUUUUGGCAGUACCAAGCGUUGCACCCUCAGGCUUGCGAGUUUCUACGCUUCAUUUUAGUGAAUUAAAGGUGCAGUGGAAUCAAAUACCUGAGCACAGUGUAAAUGGCCGACUACUGGGAUAUGUGGUCAUCUACGAAGAGUAUCCCUAUUAUCGGUAUAACAGAAAACGAGUCAACACAAGUAGCCCAGAUGUCCAUAUGCUGGUGUUGAGUGGUUUAAAAGCAGCACACUCUUACAGAUUCUGCGUGGCGGGGUUCACACGCACAGGAACUGGACCGCUUACACCUUUCUAUUACGUCACAACAGGUAAAUUGAACAAAUCGAGGUGACGUGACGUCAGAAAGUUCAAAACUGAAUUCGUAUCACAAGCCACAGUCGAUUGGUUUCAUAGCCUGCUUGAACACGUCUCCUAUUUUCUUUGCUGUUUCACUACAAAGAUCUGAACAUGCUGACGUCAUUUGUUGAUUUUACAAUAACAUUGCCUGUUUUAAACUUGCAUUCAGUAAACCGCACCUGAGAGCCUCAAAAAGAAAAGCGGAUUGCGUCAUCAUGACGUCAUUUUCAUGGUCUAUACUCAAACGUUUCAAACGUCGUGCUACUGCCAUGCUGAACUCUAUUAAUAAAUUAGAAAUACAUUAGAAUCAUCUUAGAAGUUGUUUUUUUUUUAUAUUGUUUUUGACAAGAGCUACUUUAUUCGACGUCAAAAACGAAGAUGGCUGUGGUCGUUUUGAGGUCGAAGCAGCUUAGCCCGGCAGAAUCAUGACGUUUGAAACAUUCCUCAUGUACCAUAGUUCUCGAUUAAACAAUGCUUUGUUUUUGUAGACUAUACUAUACAUUACUGACUGGUAGCAACCAAGGGAAGAAAUAAAACAUUUUCAUAAAUCAUACACCGUACCAAUUGUUCCCGACGAAUAGUAUAUUUAUAAUAAUUCCACUCAUUUUUACGACCGAUAUAAACUGGUCCUGGUACAUGGUUAGCAAAAUCGCAGUGUGUUUAGAAUCAUUUAACUAAUUGAAAUUAAAUAACUAGUUUUCAUUUCUUACCGUCAAUUAGGUUGCGGAGGAUACACAAAUCGGUCGUUUGGCCGCCUAGAGACUGGUUCCAACAGGGGCUCGAGCUAUAUAACAUGUACCCUUGUGGUUGGCAGAGGGGGCAUAAAUCAGGCAGUUGCACUUGUGUGGAUACAAGAUCUGUAUUUGUCAUAUUACAGGUACUGAGUAUUAAUUACCACUAAUUCCUUGGAACGAUUCUACAAGGUUUGUUUGCUUGUAUGGUUGUCUUAAACAACCUCAGAAAGCCCAAACGGAUCAUAAAUUAUGUAAUUUUGCAAUGGAGGAUCGCAUGUCGUCAGUGUGUCGUUCAAGUGUGGAAAUGAUCUACUUGUGGCUAUCUCUGCUAUUGUCCACGACGGCAGCAACAAAAUGCACGGUAGGGAGUUCAAACCCCGGCCGGAACAACACUCAGGUUCUUUAAAUACCUGACAAGAAAGUGCUGCCUUUGUAAUGACAUCUGCAAAUGGAUAGACUUUCUAGUCUUCUCGGAUAAGGACGAAAAGCCGUAGGUCCCGUCGCACAGCACUUUCAUUGAUUUGUUCUUGUGGGACGUAAAAGAAGCCACGUCACUAUUUGAAAAGAGUAGGGGUGGUAAACCCCGGUGGUGUGGCCAACCUUUACGGGUUGUGGUAUUGGGUAGGGAUGGCACCUUGCAUGGGACCGGAGUCCCGUUCGUGCAAAUUCCCUCUGGGCAGGCCUGUGUCCAUAAAGCUGGUAAAUAAGUAAAUAAAUAAAUAAAUAACAACGAGAACAACAAGAACAGAUGAAGGCUGGUUUUCACUAGCAACGGAGUCGGAAUCGGAGUCGUAGUCAGAAGCGUAGAGCUUAUGAUCUAGUGAAAACAGCGUUCCGAUUCCGCUUACUACUCCGUCGCUUACGUUCCGCUUAUGAUCUACUGAAAACCAGAUUGUCGGAGUCGGAAGCAGAAGCGUAAGAACCAAACCAGUCAAAAAGCGUGGGAACGUGCAUUGUGAUUGCUUUACCCUUUCGUUUUAGCCUGUUGCAGGCUCGGAGAUAUUCAGGUCCGCUGAAUUGAGAAAGCGCAAACACGAAAAUAAAACGGGAGGAAACUGGGGAGAGCCUGUAAUCAUUUCUUUGAACGACCCGUUCCGGUAUACCAGCUCCUGGUAUACCGUCUGAUUUGACAGAUUAUAUUAUCACUCUCAAAGCGGGUCGUUCCUGUCACUCAGAAAGAUGGUGUGCGGCGUCCACGCGCGUGAACUAGAGGAAUCCACGAUAACUUCUGUGUUGAACGAAUGUUUACGAGAUUUCCCGCACAUAGGAGCGCCGAGGAAGGAACAUAAAACCUGCCUGGUGAACUUGGCGCGUGGAAAAUAUUUUUUUGUAAUCCUGCCGACCUGUUUCGGUCUUGCCUGAUAACAAGGUGGUAAACAAAUAACAGAACAGUCGCAAGAAGGAGUUAUCUACGCGCUCCAGUCCACUACAUUAUCUUUAGAUCUCUUUAGUAGAACAAGCUGGAGUUGCAUAAGAACAAUCUUGACUGACUUACAACGUAGUUCUUCAUAUUUAAAGUAGCUUCAGUUUUAGCUGCAAUCCAUUCUUCGAAAUUUGGAUCUGUGAAUCACUAUCCGUGAGAACUUAAAAACACUAACGAGAGAGGCCCAGCGUGACAAAACAUUGUAGUAAACCAUCACAUUCAAGGACAAAAUAAAAUCGCUUGCAGUUAUUCAGAACAAGAAAGACUUUGGAGAAAUUAAACAACCUAAAACCCUCAUCUAACCGCAUUUAAGAACUGUACGUUUCAAAAAAAAUUAAAAAAAUAAAAAAUAAAUAAAGAGAAUGAUCUUGCAUAAGAGGGCGAAUCAUCAAUCAUGUCGACCAGAAAGAAAAUCAAUUGUUGGUUUUCAUAUGACGUCACUAAAAUUCAAACUAAAAAACUAUCUAACCUACCGAGAUUUUACUUUCAGGGUGCAUUAGAGCAGCUGAAAACUAAUUUUCAUACAAAUUUUCGCUUCAAAAAGGUUCUUGGUUUUGUGAUAAAUUAUACUACGCUUUAAUUUCUAAGUUUUUGCGUGACGCGGCAUUUACAUGACGACCAAAAGAUCGAGCUUUCAUGUAGGUUAAAAAAAUUACUUAUUUCAGGAAAUUUUGCUAUCUAUACAGUUCAUGUAUUAGAAAAAGUAUUACUUUAAUGUUUUUUAGUUUCUCGAAGAAUAAAUUCACGCUUUUGUAGCAAAACUCGGUAACAGAUGUUUCUGUUGGUUUCCGUCCGCCAUGUUGGAGCUCAUCCAGGUGAGCACCAGCAUGGCGUCUCCACACAAAUCUCUAUAAGUUUGGGUAAAACAUUUCUUCGGAUAUCUCGUAUACGAAAAAUUCCUCUGACCUGAAUCUUGGCGAGGGUCUUUGUAUAUGUACCUGCUUUCAUUUGCCAGAUUCUGGACCUUAUCUAUUGAACGGUUUUGAUUUUUAUUUUAACUAGUAGUUUGAAUGGCGUGAUAUUGAAAACUUUAAAACCAGCAAUAUGCGUGUCACGACCUCUCAGCAUGAAACAAGGAGCCAAAAUCACAUAGUUUGCUCAGUCAAAAUGUAGACCCUCCAGAGCAUAAUCUACCCGUACUGUGAGAGAAAAUAUUCGUGGAAUAAGCAGCAUUUUGGCAAGAGCUGAAAGUCUUGUGUUGUCUACCGACCAGCUUUUUACACUCCAGAUUGCACACGUUCGCAUGAGGGAUUAUAAUGAAAUAACGUGAAAUAAUCUCGCGAGAAAUUUGAGCAAGAUUCCAGCUCAUUCACAUUUCAACAGUUUGACAGCCGAAAUCUAAUCAUCUCGAACGUGUCAAAAGUGGACGGAAGAGGGUCGUAAAAGAAAUGAUUACAGGCUCUCUCUCUCCUUUCCUUUUUCCUUUUUCCCGCCCCGCCAACUUUUCGCGUCCUUUUUUCUUUCGCGUCUUCCCCACUAUCUGAGAGCCUGGAACAGGCUACUUCCGUUUCUGCUUCCGACUCCGGCAAUCUGGUUUUCACUAAAUCACAAGCAAAACGUAAGCGAUUGAGUCGUAAGGGGUGUCGGAAGAAAUGGAAACGUUCGGAUUCUUCUGACAGUCCGAUCCCGUUGCGAUUAUCACUCCGUUUACGACAUUCAUUUUUUAUUUUCACUAGGUCAUAAGCACUCUUACGACUCCGCUUACGACUCCGACUCCGACUUCGACUCGGUCGCUAGUCUAAAAACUCCUGUGGAGAUUGAACUCUUUUCUCGUGUAAAAGCUUUCAUUUGUUGCAAGAAAUUUGCAUAGCUGCUGACCACCUGAGUGAAAUUAAAGUAGAUUGUGUUGGCUCAAUCUCUCCCUUUUCUAAUAGCUAGAGCAUUUCUAGCCCUUACUUUUCUUCCAUCCCAGAAAGACUUUUGAGAUCUAGACAUUUUGCUCCCAUGGUAACAAUAUAUCACACUUCUUCUCUCUAAUAUUUUCUUGACUGCUAGGAAACAUAACAUAUCGGCGGUUUAAAGUUAAUUUAUUACUAUUAUUAUUAUUAUUAUUAUUAUUAUUAUUAUUAUUGUUAUUAUCUUUAUUAUUAUUAUUAUUAUUACUAUUAUUAUUAUUAUUAUCAUUAUUAUUGUUAUUAUUAUUAUUACCACGUUUUUCUUCGUGUUUUAGUGAAUACGUCAAAGUAACUGACGGAAAUGGAUCACUGGUCUGGCAUAAGUAUGGAUAUCCUUAUUCGCCGGUUCUGGGAUCUUUCGUUCAGGUUGGGUUCGGACACGCUGAUAACAUAACUGUUCAGAUCCAUUUAAGAGGGAGCUACAGUCGCUUCAAGCUUCAAUACGGGAUUGUGAAGCAAGGUCUUUUCUCAGGUUAGAAUCUUUGCAUAGACCUAAUUGAAUUAAUUAUAUAGUCUGAUAAAACUCUCUGAUAUAUUAAGGUUUAUACAUUAGCAUUAUUGUAGCAACGUCGUGGCUUGCAAUCGCGCAGGCUAAGAUAGGAACUAGACGAAUUUUAAGAAAAAAAGGCGGACUGCAAGCAGUCUAAAUUGGGAAUACUUGCAGGUGUUUCCCUUUUUGAUAUUAAUUUCAUUUAAAUUUGAUGGUUUGGUUGCACUGAUGCGCGCAGACGUUGCACAACCUCCGAAAGAUCCUGAUAAAAGCCUAGCAAUAUCCAAACAUAUCGGUAUCUCGUAAAGGUUUUUUAUUUUCAUUGUAAUUCAAUCUGUCAGCUCAACCUAUCAACUGGAACGUGACCGUUGGCGACACCUCGAGAACUUCGAUGGCAGUUCAUUGGGAGAAUUUAGCACCGCUUAUCGGUGAUACCGUACUCUAUUAUAUCGCAAACGCCCACCAUGGUAACCUAUCAGGUGUAGCUGUCGUUUCUGGAAAUAUGAACACUGCAAACGUUCUGGGGCUGUCAAGUUACACUGAAUAUCAAGUAAGAAUCAUCGGAAUAAACAGCUACGGUCAACCCUACAACAGUUCAAACGUCACAGCCCUGACAGAGGAAGGAGGCAAGUGUAGUAUAACAAUACUUACGUUAAAGGCACGUGCGUUUAGGCUUUCUUUGUAGCGCGCUUGAAUUUUCAAAUUUGUUGUGUGUUGAGCUGCGGAGAACUCGUGGAGAGCGAGGCCAUAUACUUUUCUUUCUUUUUUCUUUGUCCCAGGCCCGUGAGAUGCUGAUCAUUUCAUUUUUACAUUUAUUUCCCCGAGCUUAAAAUUUACCAUCUUUCAUUCUUUCACAAAAAAACUACAUUGUUUUCCCUCUUCAUUCAUGUUAUUGUCAUGAAAAUAUACUUGAAUAAUAUUGAAUCUGAUUUGGUGAGAGCAAUUCAGUUUUUAGUAACCGCAGUGUAAAAAUGAUGGAAUGUGAUGGAAAUAUCCCAGAGAACGGAUCACUGUGCCUGGCUGAUGAGUAAUUUAUAAAUAAUUGUGAAGCAUUCAGCAAGUGCCGGAAUGCAUGCGCAAUUUCAACAAGAUUAAAUUAGAUUGGGUUUCUGGUAUCAGCUUGCAGUUUCUAAGGUUUCGUAGGUGGCAAUUACAAACACCCUCCACUAAUUUUGAUUGUAUGAUAUUUUUUCCCCUGUAUAUUAUUGAAGGUUGAUAUUAUAAUGACGUGUCUCGUUUAAUUUCAAAUUUAAUUACCAUAGGGCAUUUUCCAAAUGCUUAAAUUGCAUGACCCCUAUUUUGAUACGUUUUGAAAAAAAACAAAAACAAAAACAAAAACAAAACAGAACAACACACACACUCACACACACACUGCAAUGCAAUGCAAAAUUUUCAAUUAAUUAUCUGUCAAUUUUAUACUGUAGUUGACUGAAUAAUUUCACUAAUAAUUCAGUAAUUAGUUAAUUUACAGUAUCAUACAUGUAAUUAUACUGUCAUUGACUGAGUAUGGAGAAUACACCUAUUUGAACUAUAAUUGAUGGUCUGUGUUUGCUUUAGUCCCCAGUAGGGCACCGUCUAAUGUAAGAGUGUCUAACGUACGGUUUGAUCAAGUUAAAGUGCAGUGGUAUCCCAUCCCUCAUCAAUUUGCUAAUGGGCGUCUCCUCGGAUACACUGUCUACUAUUACGAGUAUUAUAACUCGUACUUGAGAAAAUCGGCUAGCACUAGUAAUCCGUAUACUAACAUGGUGAUAUUAAGAGGUCUCAAGGCAGCAACUCGCUAUCAAAUAGCCGUAGCAGCCUUUACGUCUAAAGGACCUGGAACCCAGUCUUACUGGCAGUCCAUAACAACAGGUGAUGUUUUAUGUCAUAAUGCUGUUAAAUUUUAAUCAAUUAUAAAAUUCUGAUUAGCGUUGAUCACCCUGCGCAGAGAAGUCUUCUUUUCAUACUCAACCUCUUUAUUUAUUUAUAACUGUGAAAAUGUGUAUGAAGAUAGAGCGACGAAUUCUGAACAAAUUUCCAAGCUUUUGUCAGACGCGGCAUUUACAUAUCGGCUAAUAGAUCUGUCAUGUAGCGUAAAAAGUGACUUAUAUAUAUGGGGAGAUGUUGCCUCCUGAACAGUCAUUGUAUUAGAAAAAGUAUUACUUCAAUGUUCAUCAGUUCCCCGAAAGAUCUGAAUUCAUGGUUUCGUGAGCCUGCGAGGAAGCACUGCACUUGGGGAAGUCGCCAGAAGUCACGCGAGAGCAGCACGCGAAAGAAGACGCGAGUGCGAGGUGCGGGGAAAAAAGUGGGAGCUUGCAACAAUCUCUCAUCAAUUUUCAUUCCACCUCGGAAACCGCAGGAAACCGCAAAGUGUGAAAACUGUCACCGGAAACAAGAAAUGUGUCAGCCGUUUGUCAGUUACCUGCAUCGGCCACGAGCUAGUGACGCUAGCGUUCCAGGAGCAAAAUAUUACAAUUACAAUUACAAAGACAAGAUUACCAAGAGAAGAAAAUUGGUCUAGACAUUCUGAUCUGUAUCGUAGUCUAUAAGCUUAGUCGGAGCUGCAAUCCUUGAAUUCAGCUGAGACGUGUCGUUUCUCAAAGAAGCUACAUUCUCUUUAAACUUUGGCGUCAUAAAAAAUCCCUGGUGUUACUCGACUUGCCUCCAAAAAAUGUUUAUUCAUAACUGCAACGUUUUUCUUUUUUUCUUGAGAAGAUUGAUCUUCCACGCAUCCGCUUGGAUAUUAGCCUCCCUGCAGACGUCCUUUGGGGUUCGUUUGUCAGGCAUUCAUUUCUCCCCCACGAGAAAUGAAUGCGUGACAAACGAACCCAAAAGGACGUCUGCGGGGAGGCUACUUGGAUAUGAAAUUAUCUGAUUUCGUUGAGGGGGAACUUUUGAACACAAUAAUCGCGGUAAGAUUUAGUAUCGUAAUGUAUUCCUGGCAACCUCAUUCCAGCCCUCUGAUUUCCCAGUUCAUAUAUUCCGCGGGGUUGAGAUCCAAACUGAAGGGUAAAAAAUACAGCUACACAUGCACAGGCCUCAGAAAUCGUUCACCGAUCACAGAAAGAGAGACCGAUCUUGUUCUUCGCGGGAGAAAGUAGUAAUCAUGAUAUUCCCUAUUUGAUGUUUUAUCGUUUUAUUUGAGAUAUGUUUUAUUUAGAUACGGUAGUUUUAUCAGCUAAAGCUGGUUUACAUGAAAGCCGUGAUAAAAAAAAACAAAACAAAACAAAAACAAAAACAAAUGUAUAUAUCUAUGAGCGGUUUUGGUUUUGGUUUUUGUUUUUAAUUAGUUUUGAAAAAGAAAAAAAAUAUUUGUAAAACUAGGUAUUAACCUUAAAUAAAAUAAUUUUAAGCUAGGAUUAUAGUAACGAAUAAAAGAAGCUGGGAAGCAAUCGGUCCGAUUUAGAUUUAAAUAAGUUCAUUGAUUUGCAAUCACGCAAAUCCUCGUUAAAUCAUCCCAAAUAAAUGCAUCCCUAUAGCCAAAACGUUCCUGCCAAUUGGUUUUGGGAAGGGGCAUUUGAAAUCGAGAAGAGGAGCCCCUAGUAUCAUAGCUGGGCCUCAUUUUCAAAAAUUUUGGCAUAGGUAUUAAGGUGCCAUAUUGUUGUACACCUUGAACAUUUCUACAGCGAGCAGCAGAUAUAAAUAAAUAAAUAAAUGAAUAAUAAAGCAUAAAGCAUAAUUCUGCGCACAGAAAGGUUGUCCCAUGCAAGCUCUUGCAGUAGGGGGCCGGAGCUAAAAUCACAACUGGAAAAGGUUAUGAUCCUAGCGGCGCGGUUUUGUUGUUUUUUAAGCUUCAGCGCUAGUUCUGAACCCAGACCCUCUCAAACAACGCUGCAAUCGUCUUUUUCCGUAUCGUGUUACUAAAUGCACGGCAAGCAUUUAUGGCAGGUCAGCAAUUUUUUAGCCAAUGGUAUUUCGCUUCGUCUGGGCAAAGCAGAAAUGAAAAAGAUCGUUACAAGCUCUACUGUUCACCUCCACUCGCGGCUUCGCCAUCCGGGUGUGCACCAACAUGGCGUCCCCAUACAAAACUCUAUAAAUUUGUGUAAAUAAUUUCUCGCUUAUGAAACAUUGUACUGACCUGAAUCUUGGCGAUUAACUUAUUUAUCUCCAUUCAUUUCCCAGAUUCUGGACUAUAUCUAUUAAGCGGUUUUGAUUUCUUUAUGUUUUAAUGACGUGACAGUGAAAACUAGCAAACAACAGGAGACAAUCUCUCAUGAAUGCGUUGCAGGUUGUGGAGGCAGCUUAAAUGAAUUGUUUGGAAAGUUACAAGUCGGCCGAAGAUCGUACUAUUCUUAUUCGCUGUAUUGCAAUUGGAAAAUUGGCAAUGCAGGGAUCAGCCAAGCUGUUGCACUUGUGUCAUUACCGCAACUGUCUCUGUCUUAUUAUAGGUUAGUGUGAUAUAUUUAUGGACUACCAAUUAAAAAAUUACAGUAAACACCCGCGAAUAAAUUGGAUCACACCGGAAACGCACACAAACAAUGGCAAAAAUGAUUUAACGAUCAAGACUCCCCCGCCCCCUAGGGGUGGCAACAUGAUAACGUAUCCAUGACAAUAACAUACACAGUCAGGUUUUAUUUACUUAUAAAAGUUGGACGCAUAAUGUACUAAUUUGAAGUGUAAUGUUUUGUUUUGUUUUUUUGUUUUGCCCUUUUUUUUCUCUCUCUUUUUUUUUUUUUACAGUGAAUACCUUAAGGUGAUUGAUGGCAACGGUUUCACGGUUCUCAGUCGCUAUGGAUACUCGUCUGUCACUCAGAAAACUUUCAGGAAAGUUUCUUUUGGGAAUUCUGGAAACAUCACUGUCCAGGUCUACCUAAGGCGGAGCUACAGUAACUUCAAGUUACAAUUUGGAAUUUUAAAACAAGAAUCAGGUUAGCCUUUAAUCUGCUAAAUUCGUUUAAUGUUGCUUCAAACCCUGCUACGGAUGCACACAACCCUGUGCACGCUUUGCAGCAAAACAAAGAUUUUGGUAGUGCCUCUGAUUUGUUGAACAUUGGUUUCAACCCAUCGGAAUCACUACCCAGAUCUGGGUAUGGGCAGUGACACGUCAUCACUACGGAAUUUCUGCGCUCGAUGUUCAGACAUCAUUUUGCGGGGACAUCCCCACACCUCCCCCCAUCACUCCUUUUUCCACACUCUCCAUGUAUCAUCACCUGUCUUUGAAACUUUCAAUUAUAAUUAAUGUCAAACUCAGAAAACCGUGAACACCUGAAAAUUUUCAGGAAUGUUGAUUGUGUACUGGCUGAUCACUGUAAAGUUCAGGAAACGCGAGCAAACCUCAAAACCAUAAUCUAAUUACCGUUGCUGUUUGCGGUUUAAUUAUCUUGCGCCUUAUUGGCUUAUUUCUCGCAACACAAAAACAUUCCAUAAAUAGUUCUGGUGUUCACGGUUAUGUGAGUUUCACAGUAACAUGUUACUAUAUUUUUCUCUUUUUUCUUUGUUUUUAGCGUUUCCAUUGGCUAACUGGAGUGUUUCCUCUGACAAUGCUACUGCAACAAGCAUCCGAUUCUCUUGGCAAAACCUGCAAUCACUUGUUGGUCAACAAUUAAGUCAUUACUUCAUAGUCGUCAAAGACUCAUAUGGUAGUCGUGUAAACGAGUACAUCGUCUCAGGAAAUACUACUUCCCAUGUGUUAUCUGGACUAUCGGCAUGGAGGGAAUAUCGGUUAUCUAUUGUUGGUGUAAAUUAUAGAGGGAAUGCCUACAACAGUACAGAGAUCACAGCAUGGACAGACGAAGGAGGUAAGUGCAUUAUAUUAAAAACAAAAUAUUUUUAACCCGUUUAUUCUUUGAUUUCCAUAACGACGCAUUAACGCUUUCAACUCUGUUCUAGCUAAAAGAUCUCUAUAAUGCGUCCGUCAUCUUGUACAUAAGGUCACGAUCGAAAUUGCUGUGUGUUGAUUGUCUCAGUUUUGCGCGAGAGUCAUUCUCCCUGUACAAAUGAAAUGCAAUUUUUUCUUAGUCCCCAGCACAGCUCCAUCGUAUAUCCGUCUUUCAAACUUACAUUUGGCUGAGGUGAAAGUUCAGUGGAAUCCACUUUCCCAGUAUUACGCUAACGGACGUCUCCUUGGAUACAGAGUCUACUUUAGGGAAUACAGAUCUUACUAUUAUUAUUACUCGUAUUUGACAAGUAGUGUCAACACUAGCAGUGCUAAUGUUACUAUGGUGAUAUUGAGGGAUUUAAAGCAAGCUACAACUUACCAAAUCGCAGUGGCAGCUUUUACGUCAAAAGGGGAAGGACCACGCUCGUAUUGGAUGUCCAUAACCACAGGUAAUAAGCAAACCUCUAGUUACCGGUCACGCUCUAUUAAGCGGUCAACUACCAAAGUCCCUGAAAUAAUUUCCCUGAAUAGCUCUGACCUGUAUUAAGCGGACAACUCCAUUAACUUGCCGAGGUCACCUUUUCCGUGGUUUCAACGGGUUAUUUUUCAUUAUCUUCACCUCUAUUAAACGUCAAUUUGACAAGAUGUACAUAAGGGGGACAGAUACAGUGUGUAUGGCGUUAAUUGGUCUUUCACUUCUUGUCUUGGGGUAGAUAUUUUACUUUUUCGUCAUCCUCAUGUUCUUGAAUAACUCUUAGGUUUGUCAAACCUGUAUUAAACGGUCAGUAACCCAUUCUCCAAGGGUGACCGCUCAUUACAGGUUAGUUAUUAUUAUUAUUGUUAUUAUUAUUAGUAGUAGUAGUAGUAGAAGUAGUAGUAGUAGUAGUAGUAGUAGUAGUAUUUAUAUUUCGAUUAUUUUAUUAUUAUUAUUAUUAUUAUUAUUAUUAUUAUUAUUAUUAUUAUUAUUAUUAUUAUUAUUAUUAUUAUAUUGGCAUACAUAUAAAAAAAAUGGUAGUUACAGAAAAUUUAUAGCGAUUUGCGUUUGGUCACACAUGUAAUUGACCACAGCAUACAGUGUUCUGUAUGAUAAACCCUUCGCGUAGUUAUUUAUGCUUAGUAUUCUUGCUUAUCCUAUAAUUUACGAGUAGUUUCCCAUUACUGUGGAUGCAAAUAACGUGAGGAAUCCAAGAAAAUGGGUAUAUAAAUACAUAGCUGACAAAUUCCCUAACCACAAAAUGAAAAGAAAGAAAACAAAAGUUGUUGUUUUUAAGGUACUGUAUAACCUUAAAAUUGACAUUGUUUGAAUCACUGUAUCAAAUGAAAAGAGAUAUUGUUUGAUUUGUAGGUUGCGGAGGGGUCUUAAAUGAGUUGUUUGGAAACUUGCAAAUCCGUCGUUCAUCGUACUAUAGUUCUUUUACUCUGCGAUGCAACUGGAGGAUUCAAAAUGCAGGAAUAAGCCAAGCUGUUGCUCUUGUGUCAUUGCAGGGGCUGUAUCUGUCUUAUUACAGGCGAGUGUGCUACGUUCAUGGAAUAUUGUAAAGGAAUAUGAUUUCUUUCCCUUUCGUUAUUGUAUUCUUUUACUUUUUGCAGAGAAAAUUUAAUACUCAUGAAGAGGAAGUUUUUGUUGAUUCUUUAACAUUUAUAUAUUUAUUCGAGUUGCUUGAAAAUAUGAGGCGAAAAAGAUGAUUUAAAUCAGUAUGUGAAAGUGCCAAUAACCUAUUAUCAUUAUUAUGAUUAUUAUUAUUAUUCUAACUAAAAGAACUCAUUACUACGAUACCUUUUUCGAAAAAAAAAAUGUGUAAACAACAAGAGAUGUUUUUUAGAUAAAAGUUACGUCUAAAUUUAUUUGGCACACCUGUGCCGCUGAUCAUGACAUUGUCAGGCUCUUAUGUGACGUUUUGAAUCCAGGAAUUUAAAAAAAAAUGGAUUUUAGAUAUGCUCAACCCUUUCUUAGGGUUGCUAGUGUUGUUGCAUCCGACUGCAACGCAUCUUGCUGGCUUGUUUUACUUUUACGGCUGUUUUAGUUUGUGAAAUGGAAGAAAUUUUUCUAGAACUUUACACCUGUUCACUUGACGUCACGUGUUCCCUAAUUUACGUCACAUUUCCUUUGUUUCUGAGAGGCUACCGAGAGAAGACUAAGACGAAUGGUGUAGCAAAAUGGCGACAAAUUAAAACUUUUCAAAACCAUUAUAAAAAGAAUGAUGUUAUAUGUCAUGUUAACAACGUCUGAAUUGUGUACCAAUGUUUUUACGGAUUUGGAUAUGAUGGUCUCCUGCUACAACUCCGCGCUGUCGUCGUUGCUUGAUAAAUACGCCCCUCCGAGAACUAAAUCUGUUUCUAAUAGGAAGCGUGUGCCUUGCUUUAACCACAAAAUUAAGGGUGCUAUUAAGGCUAGGCGGAGAGGUGAGAGGAAAUGGCGCUAUUCUAAAUCUGCACAGGAUCUAAGUGUUUUCAAACAGAAGAAAAACCAUGCAAUAUACGUGAUGAACCAAGCUCGAUGCGAUUAUUACACCAAUCAUAUCCAGUAAAACAGUUCUGAUCAGAAUGUUACAAAGUCCCUGUUGUUUGACACCAACACUGCAUCAUUUCCUCGUGUUGACACUGUUCAGCUUCCCAAUGAUUUUGGAAAUUUCUUUGCACAGAAGAUUUAGAAUAUGAACGCGUGUUUGGCUAAUUCAUCUAAUCGUCCGUACCAUCUCUGCCUGCUACUGACAUUAAAUGCCUGAAACAACAGUUUGACGGUUUCAGGACUCUCUCUCAAGAACAAGUGCGCAUGUUGAUUAGUAAAGCAGCGGGUAAAUCUUGUCAACUCGACCCCAUUCCCACUCCGAUUGUUCUCAAGUUGCUGAAUGUUCUAUUGCCAGUCAUCACUAAGCUGAUCAACCUCUGUUUGACACCGGUCGAUUCGCUGAGGCCUGGAAAGAGGUGCUUGUGUUGCCAUCUCUCUAGAAGCCUGGUUUGGACUUUGCGUUCAAAAAUUUUCGUCCAGUCAGUAACCUCUAUUAUAUUUCUAAAUUGUCAGAGAGGGCUGGGGCUGAGCAGUUUCUGGAGCAUCUGACUGCCAACAAUUUACAUUCUCAGCCUCAAUCGGCGUAUAAACAGCAACGUAGCACGGAGACGGCUUUAGUUAAAAGUUAACAAUGGUAUUUUGAUGUCUAUGAACGAGCAACAAGUCACCUUGCUCGUAUUAUUAGAUUUAAGUGCAGCUUUUGACACGAUACAUCAUGAUAAGCUGAUUGGUCGUCUUGAGUCUGAUUUUAGAAUAACUGACAAUGAGCUUGCCUGGUUUAAAUGGUAUCUAUCUAACCGGUUGCAUUGUUUCUUUUUAAAUGGUAGUCUCUCCGAUCAGUUUCGUUUAAAACGAGUUGUUCCCUAAGGAUCAUGUUUGGGCCCUUUGCUUUUUAGUAUCUACACGCGCAAACUGUUUCAGGUCAUUGAACGCCACCCCCCGCAAGUUCAUUUCUACUCGGACGAUACACAGUUAUAUGCAUCAUUCAGCCCCAAUCAAUCUGCGGAUGCUGAUUGUGCCAUCAAGUCCAUGACUGACUGUAUCAGUGAUAUUAGGAGUUGGAUGAUUUUAGAUAAUCUUAUGUUAAACGAUGAUAAAACAGAUUUUUUAGUGAUUGGUACUAGGCAGCAGCUGGCAAAGGUUAACAUCAAUUGCAUUAGGGUUUGAUCGACUGAUGUUUGUCCUGUAACAGUAGCUAGAAACCUAGGCUCAUGGUUUGAUGAGCAGCUCACUAUGUCAACUGAUAUUAGCAAGUUAUGUGGUGUUGCCUUUUUCCACUCGCAUAAUAUCAAACGCGUUCGCAAGUAUUUGUCUCGAGAAUCAACGGAACUGCUUGUCCAUGCAUUUAUUACAUCUCGUGUUGAUUAUUGCAACAGUCCUUGUAUGGGUUGCCCAACUACCAGCUUAACAAAUUGCAGAGAGUUUUGAACGCCUCAGCUUGGCUAGUUUGUAAUGCGCCUAGGUUUUGCCACAUCUCACCCCUUCUUCGUGGUCUGCAUUGGCUUCCUGUUAAAGCGCGGAUACAAUUUAAGAUACUGCUUAUUACGUUCAAAGCAAUUCACGGCCUGGCUCCUAAAUCUCGAUGCGAUUUACUAACACCUAAAUCGUUUUUAUAAAACCUUAAAUCUUAGAUUUUUUCCUUCUAUGCCAGCUUUUCGAUCAAACACUACGUUAGGUAAUAGAGCUUUUCUGGUAGCAGCGCCAACGCUCUGGAACUCUCUUCCAAAAGAACUUUGUGCGAUUACGAAUGUGAACAGUUUUGAGGCGCAUAUUAACACUUAUUUUUUUAGAACUGUAUAUUGGUGAUUAAUUUUAUAUUCAGUUCUUACUUGCAGGCAUAUAUAUUCUUUUUAUUGUUAUGUUUUUUUAAAUGCAUUAUCUUUUGUUUGUUUCUUGUAAAGCAAUGCAUUUGUACUGCGCAGCUAAUCAUUCUCGUGUUAGGUUGCACACAAUAAAAAAGCACCCCUGAUCUAGGAACAUAAUUCCUUCAAAGUAACCAGUAAACAAUACAGUUGUUUUUUUCAACUUAUUAAGCAACUUUUUUAUUGAGCGUAUCACAUGACACCGAUCUCAUUGUUCUUUUCACAGUGAGUACUUAAAGAUCAUUGAUGGUAAUGGUAUCACGGUUUUCAGUCGCUAUGGAUACUCGUCUGUAACUCAGAAAUCUUUCAGGGAAGUUUCUUUUGGGAAUUCUGGAAAUAUCACUGUGCAGAUCUACCUAAGGCGGAGCUACAGUAACUUCCAGUUACAAUUUGGAAUUUUAAAACAAGAAUCAGGUUAGCCUUUAAUUUGCUAAAUUCAUUUAAUGUUGUUUUGUUGUUUGUUUUUUGUGUUUUUGUUUUUUCAUUGAUUGUUAGAAAUUAUUACUGAACUAUUUGAGAGAUUUGUGUGUGUGUGUGUGUGUGUGUUGGCAACAUAUAUUUAUUUCUUGUAAUCUCAUUCUCUGACAUUCCCAGUGAUAUCGUGUAACUUCAGUUGUUAUUAGUUUCAUGCUUCAUGGUUUUCCUCUUUCUUAUUUAUCGUUUUAGCAUUUUCACCGGCUAACUGGAGUGUUUUCAUUGACAACACUACCACAACAAGAAUCCGUUUCUCCUGGCCAAACCUGCAAACACUUGUCGGUCAACAAUUAAGUUAUUACGUUACAGUCAUAAAAAAUUCAUAUGGUAGUGGUUUAAACGGCUAUAUCGUCCCGGGAAAUACUACUUCCCAAGUGUUCUCUGGACUAACGGCUUAUAGGGAAUAUCGGUUAUCUGUUUUUGGUGUAAAUUACAGUGGGAAUGCCUACAACAGUACAGAGAUCACAGCAUGGACAGACGAAGGGGGUACGUGUAUUAUUUAAAGAUGUUCUUCUAUUUUUAACCUCGAAUUUAGUCCCCCAUUUUUCCUCAAGGAUAGUAGAGAGAGCGAAACGGGAGCGGCGUCGCCCUUUCUCGCGUGGGGUGAUUUUCAUGCGCGCAUUUUGCAUUGACAACAUUCUCCCGUACCUCAGUGAUAUGCUAAAACAUAAAAAACGAUUUAUUUUCUCAGUUCCUAGCAGAGCUCCGUCAUUCAUCCGACUUUCAAACUUUGAGCAGACUGAUGUGAAAGUACAGUGGAAUCCACUUUCCCAAUAUUACGCUAACGGACGUCUCCUUGGAUACAGAGUCUAUUUUAGGGAAUACAGAUCUUAUUAUUAUUAUUACUCGUAUUUGACUGAGAGUGUUAACACUAGCAGUGCUAAUGUUACUAUGGUGAUAUUGAGGGACCUUAAGGAAGCCACAACUUACCAAAUAGCAGUGACAGCUUUUACCUCUAAAGGCGAAGGACCACGUUCAUAUUGGGUGUCCAUAACCACAGGUAAUGCCAUUUUUUUUUUGUUGCGAAUACUACUACUAUGUGUUUUAGUAGCUUAAGCGACGACAGUAGUCUACUAUGUUGAAACUUAACCGUUUUGGUGGAUUCCCUUUGGAUUCCCUCGCAAAAAGUGGAUUCCCUUCACUACAUAUGCAGGAUUCCCUCGCCAAAAAAAAUUCGUUCCUCCAUCUAAUAACUGUCUUCCUGCAUACUAAUUCGGUAUAGGUUUACUAAUGAGCGUCACUGUACUUCAAUAAGAACAAUAGGCUUGCCUAGACUUGCCCGGUAAGUAACUUGAGCCCGGUUUUCGGACCGUCUAUUAAAAGAAAAAUAGGAAUAAGAGAAGCGAUCACCUAACAACGCCAGAAACGGCUUCCUAUAUCUUAUUUAACGCUAAAACUUAGAUAUACAUAAACAAAACACAUACAGAAAGUGGAGUUGAAAAGUCUUUAUUUCAAUUUAGUUUACGUCUUCUUAUUUAGCGCUAAAACUCGGAUAUAUAUAAACAAAAGAUACACAAAUUGGAGCUGAAACUCUCUAAGUUUGUCUGACGUUUUCUCCCAUCAAUCUCGAGGACAUGAAAAACUAUUGAAGUCUCAACGUUUCACGCACAGUUAAUAAGUUAAUUAUGCGAGUUCGCAAGCCCAAAGUUGAAUACAAAUUAUCUCUACAGGAAAGACCCAAGGGAGAGAAUCUUGACGUAUUGUUAUAAAACAAAUAACUUAACAAGGAUCAAUUAAAACACGCGACUCAUAAUUGCUAGCAAUAAAAACACAAGAGAGAUACCGUUUUAAACAACUUUAUUAAAAAACAAUGACAAAAAGAGUCAAAUACACAGGAAUGGAAAUUAAUUAAUCUUCAUCUUCGCCCAUGGAGUACUUGUAAGGUUUAAUUUUCUUAUGCCGACGUUUCUUCAGCUGUUUUGCCAUGAGAUUUAUGAUCAUCCAAAUAAUUUAGAAAUUGAAUCCGACGCCUUUUGCGCUUCGGGCCUUGUUGUGAUGGGGUUUCUACUGUGCGAGGAGGGGUCAGGAAAGCAGGAUUUAAGGGUGGUGGAGGGGUGAGGCUUUCUUUGUCAGGUUUUUGAGAGAUAGCCGCUUCUGUUAAUUCAGGUGUUACAUUAAAGGGGUUGAGGGGAGUAGAGAAUGCUGUCGUUGCUGUCGAAGAAUCUUGUGUCCUUGGUAUUAAGUCUGGAACAGUGCUGAUUAUUUCUUCCGGUCGUGUUCUUGUAUUUAAUUGUUCUUUAAAAGCCAGGUAUCUGUUUUGCAACUGAAGGUAUCGUUUAGCUUUUUCAUCGUCCCGAAGAUCGUUUCGAGAAAGCACGUCAUCCAUGUUGCCUUGUAUUUCUUGUAUAGCUGGAAGAAGCGGGACAGGCGAAAGAGUUUGCUGCUUCAGAUAUUUUAGAAGCUCUUGAGGAAUAUUUUCUUGAAACCCUGCUUGGUUAAAGCCUUCUUCACUGGGCAGGACGUUUGUUCGCAACCGACAAUUAUCUUGGGUAGUAGUUUUCAGAUCAAUCAGAAGAUAACCAAAAGGUCUUUUUACAGCCUCUUCGUACUGAUUUAAAAAGAAAUCAGUCUGCCCGGGAUACAUUUGCUUCGCCAGAGUCAGGAUUUGCAAUUUGUCUCGUGGAUUCUUGAAUAACACCAGAUAAUGGCUGUUUAGGCUUAUGCUGCGGCUACCUUUCCCCUGAUGAAAUAGAUUCUGCACGAUAUAAAUCACGCUCAGAUUGCGAUGAUGAGAACCACGAGUAAAGAGGUUCACAAUUCGCUUGUCUUUACUGGCGUCAAUCAUCUGAUCAUCAAACACGAUCAAAUUCCGUUUGUUCACAUCAAAAUAGGAAUCCUGCUCCAAAGCCGUAGGAAUUCCCUUGACGAAUUCAAUGUUUGGCAUGGCGACUAACAUUUGUGUAUACGCAGGCUGCCAUUGUGAAUAACACCAAACGAUCCUCUCCGGGGGAGGGUAAAUGGUCUCUGAAACUUGUUGCAAUAGCGAUCGAACCCAGGCCGUUUUUCCGGACCCGGUCACUCCGGCAAUCAUGGAGGUGAAAGGAUGCUCGAAGCGAAAACGCUGACAUUUCUGUGAAAAUAUUGGAACUGUUUGAAAUGGGGUGAGACCAGCAUUGCGGUGUUUAGACAUCACGUGCCUUUGCAUACUAUCUUUUCUACUAAAGGAUUUUUCGCAGACAGAACAGAACCAACUCAUGUCAACUCCUCAGGAGCAAAAUGUAGACUGAGAAAGAGGUAGAAUGUUGCGCAUUUAUAUAGGUUUUCAGGCCACAAGAUUCUACUGUUUUCCUCCCCCAAGACCACCACUACCACCACCACCACAUUUCUAUUGUUUUCUUUCCCCCUCCACCACCACCACCACCACAUUUCUAUUGUUUUCCGUCCACCACCACCACCACCACCACCACCACGUUUUUAUUGUUUUCCCUCCACCACCACCACCACCACAUUUCUAUUGUUUUCCCUCCACCACCACCACCACCACCACAUUUUUAUUGUUUUCCCUCCUCCACCACCACCACCACCACCACAUUUUUAUUGUUUUCCCUCCUCCACCACCACCACCACAUUUCUAUUGUUUACCGUCCACCACCACCACCACCACCACCACAUUUCUAUUGUUUUCCCUCCACCACCACCACAUUUCUAUUGUUUUCUUUCCACCACCACCACCACCACCACCACAUUUUUAUUGUUUUCCCUCCUCCACCACCACCACCACAUUUUUAUUGUUUUCCCUCCUCCACCACCACCACCACCACCACCACAUUUCUAUUGUUUUCCCUCCACCACCACCGCCACCGCCACAUUUCUAUUGUUUCCCUGCACCACCACCACCGCCACCACAUUUCUAUUGUUUUCCCUCCACCACCACCACCACCACAUUUCUAUUGUUUUCCCUCCACCGCCACAUUUCUAUUGUUUCCCUGCACCACCACCGCCGCCACCACAUUUCUAUUGUUUUCCCUCCACCACCACCACCACCGCCACAUUUCUUUUGUUUUCCUCCUCCACCACCACCACCACCACCGCCGCCACCACAUUUCUAUUGUUUUCCCUCCACCAGAUUCUAUAAAAGACUACCAACUGCCAUUCUUAGUUCAUUUUGUAGCAAUGUCUCGUGUAGUGAACAACAAUCGUGGUUUUCUUUCUUAUCAGCGCUAGUUUCUUUUAAAGACAGCUACACCACAGCAACUUCAUGCACUAGUCCAAGUCUUAUACAAUUUACUCAUGGGACACAUUCCUAUCUCCGAAGAAAAUAAGCGGGUAUUGCUGCCAUGUAAGGAUGCUCUAGUAAACCUAGCAGAAACAAAUAUCCCUUACAAAACAAAGAAACGAAUCCUUGUAUAAGAGGGUGAUGGUUUUAUUCAAGAUGUAUUAGCCCCUGUCGUUUCAAGCUUCGGACUUCUAAUGCUAUAAAAGAGGUGACACAUCGCCAGGUUGAUCGUUCGAAGCUAAGUCUGUCUUGGGUACUCAUCAAAAUGAAGAGAAAGAUAGAUUUGGUUGAAGAAGAAGAUCACGAGAGUGAACAUGAAGAAAGCGAAAGUUCUGGUGAUGAAAGCGAGGAUGAAGAACCAAGAAUAACAGAAGAACCGAGAAUAAAAGAUGUUUUGAGUCGUCUUUCCCGAGCAGUGCCGGAAAAGCGUGCUUCUGAUUUGCUGCAUAGUAUGGCCGCGUCCAAAGAUUUUCUUUUCUGGACCCCCAGCGGACAAUUACUUCGAAAUAAACGCACUAUUCCCGUCACAAACAUCGCUGAGCUAGUUGAGUAUGUGUUACUCCCUCAUAACAAUGAAGUUACCAAGCCUCGUGCGCUGAAUACGUUUCUAGAUGGACUUGCAGAGUUAGGAAUCGAUAAAGGUUUAAUCAAGAACAAAAAGUUGCUUAGUGAUUUAAUAGAAAAGGAAAAAGGCUACCAAAAUGUAGAAAAUACUUCCGAUAACGAGAGUAACAGUGAGGAGAGUUCAUCGGAUAUUGAAAAUAAGGAGGAGGAAGUGGCUUCUGAGAAUGACGUUGAAGCUAAAGGCACCCAAGAGAGCGACAAUGACACUGAAAACGACAGUCAGAAAACAGAAAGUAGUAACCCUGAAACGUCCACCGCCUUUCACUCCAAAAGUCCCUGUGAACACUGCGAGAACUCUAAUGUGUACGGGACAUUGAUCAUAAAAUGUCCUAAAUGCCUUUGGCACGAUUACUACAAGAUUUGUCCUAUAUGCGAUCACCAGAUUCCCGAGGGGAGACAUUACAUGAAAGAGGGCUUUCUUCGGUGUCACGAUUGCGGAGCAGUUACACACAAAAACGCGAAGACGUUGGAAACCAAUUUCUAUUCCCCUUCUACAGAGGAGAACGAAGAUGAAGAUUAAUUAAUUUCCAUUCCUGUGUAUUUGACUCUUUUUGUCAUUGUUUUUUAAUAAAGUUGUUUAAACGGUAUCUCUCUUGUGUUUUUAUUGCUAGCAAUUAUGAGUCGCGUGUUUUAAUUGAUCCUUGUUAAGUUAUUUGUUUUAUAAUAAUACGUCAAGAUUCUCUCCCUUGGGUCUUUCCUGUAGAGUUAAUUUGUAUUCAACUUUGGGCUUGCGAACUCGCAUAAUUAACCGAUUAACCGUGCGUGAAACGUUGAAACUUCAAUGGUUUUAAAUGUCCUCGAGAUUGAUGGGAGAAAACGUCAGACAAACUUAGAGAGUUUCAGCUCCAAUUUGUGUAUCUUUUGUUUAUAUAUAUCCGAGUUUUAGGGCUAAAUAAAAAGACGUAAACUAAAUUGAAAUAAAGACUUUUCAACUCCACUUUCUGUAUGUGUUUUGUUUAUGUAUAUCUGAGUUUUCGCCCUAAAUAAGAUAUAGGAAGCCGUUUCUGGCGUUGCUAGGUGAUCGCUUCUCUUAUUCCGAAAACCGGGCUCAAGUUACUUACCGGGCAAGUCUAGGUAAGCCUAUUGUUCCUAUUGAAGUAGAGUGACGCUCAUUAGUAAACCUAUACCGAAUUAGUAUGCAGGAAGACACUGACUAGGCACUUAUCCAUAUCAAUGAUUUACCUAUCCCUAAACUAUCCUUACCUAUCCACCAACGGGGCUUAUCUUUGCUGAAGCCCUACUACUGACGAAGGUCUUAUGAUGACGAUAAUGAUGAUGAUCAUGAUGAUGAUGAUGGUGAUGAUGCAUUGCUGCCUGUUAUCUGCCGUACUUACCUUGUUGCUAUUUCUUAACGUUUUUUCAUUUUAAGGUUGCGGAAGAGUCUUAAAUGAGUUGUUUGGAAAGAUUCAAGUUCGUAGAUCAUCAUACUAUAGUUAUUUUACUCUGCGAUGCAGCUGGAGGAUUCAAAAUGCUGGAAUAAGCCAAGCUGUUGCUCUCGUGUCAUUGCCGGAGGUGUAUCUGUCUUAUUACAGGCGAGUGUGCUACUUUUAUGGGCGUAUAUAAAAGAACAAAACUUAAGGUUAUAGCUUAUUUUGUUUUUAAUUCGUUAACUUUAAUUUAUUGAUCGUAAUCUUCGUCUUACCUCAGCGAUCUUCCUGUUCUUUCCACAGCGAGUACUUAAAGAUUAUUGAUGGUAAUGGUAUCACGGUUUUCAGUCGCUACGGAUACCCGUCUGUAACUCAGAAAUCUUUCACGGAAGUUUCUUUUGGGAAUUCUGGAAAUAUCACUGUACAGAUCUACCUAAGGCGGAGCUACAGUAACUUCAAGUUACAAUUUGGAAUUUUAAUACAAGGCCUCCAAUUCGGUGAGCUUUCUUUGCAGUUAAAUUCAUUAUUUUCUGGUUCAAAGGCAUUAAUUUUUCCUAAGCUUUGUUCACAAAACAUGCAUAGCUCUCUGAAUAUGUUGUCGGUCACGUCGCGGUUCUUAUCCCCAAUUUCCACGGUUUCCACCAUUAACGCCUGGGACCAUUUACGACCCCCUUUGGGCGAGCACACACACACACAAACAAAAACAAAAACAAAAGAAAAGAAAAGAAAAAGAAACGCUUGUAUUUUUAGAGUUUCGCUGCUAAGCAAGUUCGACUAAAAAGCCAAUAAGACGUUUACCAAGAAAACUAAACCUAAACAAUCAGGACGCACUUUGCUUUUUGUCAUGAUACAAUCUUUAACAGUUUCCAGCCCUGCGUCGAUAUGCUAAUCUCUACAGCCACCAUUAUCACUGCCAUUGCAUUGCCACGGCGGGAAUAUAGAGAUCUAUGUUACCAUUCGUUAAGUUGGGUUCCUCCCCGAAAAAUAUAUGCAAAAGAUGUCAAAUGAGUCUGGUGAUAAGCAUGCGCUUUAUUUUUGACUGUGAUUGAAUGGAGACCCCAUGUUCAUCAUGUGUUUGCUCUUUGGCAAUGAUGUAAUUUCUCUUGAAUCAAGGCCCUUGAUUUUCGUGUAUUUAUACGCGCGUACUCACUUAACAUCCUGAAGAAUAUUCGAUCGUCGAAAAUUAAGGCGUGUGGACUAUUAAUCGCCUCCUCACUUCUUAUGUGGUCCCUGAUCAAGCUCGACGUAAAGCUUUUAAGAGCGUUUUAGUUCCUAUCAACACAACAUUAAAUAUUUCAUGGAUAUGUUAUUUUUUGUUGUACAUGGUUUCCUGACUUUCGUAGUAAUUUCAUGUAAUGACACGUUGAGUAACAAUGUUUUAAAUUAUUUUGCUCUUUUUAUUCUUAGUUUUUCCACUAGCCAACUGGAGUGUUUCCAUUGGCUAUACUACCACAACAAGCAUGCGAUUCUCCUGGCAAAACCUGCAAACACUCGCUGGUCAAGAAAUUAGUCAUUACUUUAUAGUGGUCAAAAACUCAUAUGGUAAUGGCGUAAACGGGUAUAUUGUCCCAGGAAAUACUACUUCCCAUGUGUUAUCCGGACUGUCACCCUAUACGGAAUAUCGGUUAUAUGUUGUUGGUGUAAAUUUUAGAGGGAAUGCCUACAAUAGUACAGAGAGAACAGCAUGGACAGACGAAGGGGGUACGUGGAAUAGAUCUAAAGAUGUUGUUUUAUUUUUUAUGUAUUGUUGAUCACAGGUCUAUUUAAACAAACUCCAGAAACUCUUGGUUUGUGAAGAAUCGUCGUGUGAUAAAGACUCCGCACCACUCCGCUGGUCAAUAUCUAUGAGUAGCGGAACGGUUCGGGUUCGUUCAACAUUUCCGCCAGUAAGUUUGUAAAACAGGCGCAGUUAACAGUUACAUAUUCCCAUUGAGCACGCUGAUGAGGUCAAUAAACUAUACUACCUCGACGUCUUGGGAGGUCAUCAUCGGCCAGGGGCGGUCAGUUGGGUCAGGAAAAACGGUAGAGAGUGCCCCUGGAAUGCUACUCUUAACGAACCAGUUCCACGACUCAUUCGAAUGCUCGGUUGUGAUUGGCCUCAAAAAAUAGUAUUGUGCCCAAUUGGAGGCCUGCAUCUAUCGUGCUGCUUUCGCGAUCUUCUUAUAAGCAGAGUCUUACCGUAAACUCCACUGUUCGCGUUACCUGUCAGACCUCUUUCGUGCUCUCCAAACUUCCCGGGUGCUCAAUAUCUUGACAUACGCACGCUAACCCUUUAACUAAUUGUUGAAUAGUCUUCUGAGUACCGUGUGGGAAGAAAUUUUUGCGUGUUCUAAUUUUUGCGACCCGCAAAAAUAAGUUCCCGCCAAUAAAAAUCACUGCAAAUAUUUUUUCCCCAAAACGUUUACUCCAGAGUAAAUGUUCUUUAACUUCAAUUCGCUGCACAAAAAUGCAGUACUGAGAAAUCGUGUCUGUUCAAUCACAACUUAUCUCUGAUUCAGAAACAAAACGGUAGAACGAAAUGCUGGUUUAUUGUUUGAAAAUAUGUAUUUCUAUUGCAUGAACUCAGUAAAAACGAAAAUAUUACCAAUGCUGGGUACUGGGUACUUUCUGAAAAUCGCAAAAAAACAACAAUCCGUCCUAAUCGCAAAAAUUAGUCAGCGCAAAACACAAAAAAUCGACAAUCGGCAAAAAUCAACUACCGCAAAAGUUUCGUGCACUAUGUAGCCUAUUUUCGCCUGGGAUUGUAUAUAGUCGUGCUUAAAAAGAAAAAAAAACUAGCAACCAAACAAACAAAACAAUAAAAAAAUCCAAAAAAAGAUUAAUAUGAUGAUUAAUAGCAAAAUAAUAGAUAUUUUCUGCUUUCUUAGUUCCCAGCAGGGCACCGUCGUAUAUCCGUCUUUCAAACUCACAGUUUACUGACGUGAAAGUUCAGUGGAAUCCACUGUCCCAGCAGUACGCUAAUGGCCGUCUUCUUGGAUACAGAGUCUACUAUAGGGAAUACACAUAUUAUUAUUACUCAUAUUAUGCAAAGAGUGUUAACACUAGCAGUGCUAAUGUUACUAUGGUGAUAUUGAGGGACCUGACACAGGCCACACGUUAUCAAAUAGCAGUGACAGCCUUUACUUCAAAAGGAGAAGGACCACGCUCGUCUUGGUAUUCAAUAACCACAGGUAAUGCAUAUGUUUUUAGCUGUUACUGAUUGUUUGAGUGAGAAAUUUGGGCAACUCAUACCAUUGAUUAUACGGAAUCGAUUAAGUGGCCAUCAAAUCAUUUACGAAUAAAUGAUAUAUGCCUCACCUCGGAGAUUUACAAUUACUAGCAACGUAAAAAAUGUUUGCAGUAAAAACAUUAACUGUGUAUACACUCAUACAUCUUUUCAGUAACUGUGCUCACAUUAUGGGUGGUUCCUCCUAAAAUGGUCUACAGUUUGUGUAGGGUUGAAUGGAAUUGUACACAUUUUUGGCAUCAUGCUGAUGAAUAGUUGCGACUUACAGAUAUUUCGGGCAAAAACAAUUUGCUCGUUCUGCCACUUGUUGUUGUUUGUUUUGUCUCUUUAUUUCUACCCUGGAGUAAACAUUCGCCCAAGUGUUUUUCUAUUCUGAAUUGCCACCCCUCAUGAGUGACCUCUCAACCUUUGAUUAGCAUAGUUAUUAGUUACAGACAAAGAAAACCAAAUAACAGAUAAUGGUAAUAGAAAAAAAUCUUUUGAUUUAUCGUGGCCUUUAUAACGCUCGUCUUAGAUAUCUCCGAAAAAGGAUGGCAUAGCCCUAUAUGCUUGUUUUUUUGUUUGUUUGUUUGUUUGUUUGUUUUUUUCCUUUCAAAGAUAUAUGUAAAAAUAUAAAAAAUGAUGACGAUGAUAAUAAUAAUAAUAAUAAUAAUAAUAAUAAUAAUAAUAAUAAUGGUGAUGACGAUGAUGAUGAUGAUGAUAAGAAAGAUGAUAAGAAGGACGGUGAUAAUGAUAAUGAUAACGAUAAUGACACUAAUAAAAGUAAUAGUAAUAAUAAUGCUGCUGAUGAUAAUAAUGAUAAUGACAAUGUUAACCCAUGUUAGCAUUUAAAAACCAACAAAAUGCCCAGACAUUUCGGCGACCUGACGACGCCAUUAUCAAGGAAUGGAAUUAAAUGCGAGUUUAACAGGAGUUAAAGUACUCUAAAUUUGCAUAAAUGAAAAUUCAAGAUAAUUGAAAAUACAAGUAGACAAAGAGUUAAGCACAAGUUGAAUCUGUUUGUUUUAUUAUAACUCCUUUUGAACUCGAAUUUAUUUCCGUUCCUUGAUAAUGGCGUCAUGAGGUCGCCAAAACGUCGGGACAUUAUAUAUUUCGUUAGUUCUUGCAUAUUUAUGUUUCUCUAAAUCCAUAUUAACAAAACGAUAGUCCAGUUUCGAAUUCAUCGCUUGCGCUGAAUAGAAGCGCUGAAGACUCAUUUAUACAGGGUUAGCCUUGACCUAAAGUAAAAUAUUCACAAAUACCGGCGAGAAGGAAAGUGCCUGAAUUUGAGUUUAAAACGAUAGAAACAGUUGUACACAGGUCUCCUUCUCACUUGAAUUGGUGAAUAUAUUUACCUUAGGUCGAGGCUAACCUUGUAUAAAUGAAUGUUCAGCGCUUCUAUUAAGCGGCCGUGAUGAAUUCGAAACUGGACUAUUGACCGCCAAACCGGAGAAGAGGAAAAUGACUGUAAGGCGGUGAAAGUCGCGUUUGCAGACUUUUCCUUUUUAAGGCCGUCCAUUCCGGUCAAUAAAAUUUAUAAAAUUCAUUUAGCUCCUUGUCAUUGGUUAUUCCAUAGGUUGUGGAGGAAGUACAAAUCAGUCAUUUGGCCAGCUACAUUUUGGCCGGAAAGGUUAUUACGGUUAUCUACUGUGCACCUGGCAUAUUGGAAAUGUGGGAAUCGAGCAAGCAGUUGCACUUAUGUCAAUACAAGAACUCUACCUGUCAUAUUACUAGUGAGUUAAAUGAAACAAUGUCUUCUUUAGGGAAAUAAGAAAGAGUUCAGUUUAAGUUCAUUUUUUUUUGUUCAAAGCCGAGAGGCUGUUUUCCAAAAGUUAGAGCUUGUAAAAUAUAAUAUCAAGGGAAAGGGUCACAUAUUUAUUAAUUUAUUAUUAUUAUUGUAUUACAUGUGUGUUCUGCAAAUGUGUUGAAUGUUGAAUAGAUGGACAGACGAACGGGCGGAGGGACGGACGGAUGGGCAGAUGGAUGAUUUGGAUAAUAAAAUGGCUGCUUGCUUGGUUGGUCAAAGAUGUAAGGAUCAAACGACAAUGAGAAUAGAUAAGUGAAUGGAAAAAUCUGGGUUGUUGAGUGCAUGGUCACUGGUUGAAUUGACGUAUCUAAAGGGAAAAGGUCGGAUGGUAGCUUGAAAACAGCCAAAAUUUUCGACGCCACAACUGGUAUUCCCUCAAAAUGAUGUCUGUUAAACGGGUGGUUAAAGAAAAUUUUCCUUGCUUAACUACUAAUCAGAAGCACUACCCAGAUCUGCAUAUUGACGUGUCAUCAGUAUGGAAUUUCUGCGCUUGUUUCUCAGACAUCAUUUCGCCGGGAUACCAGUGGCAGCGUUGCAAAAUGUGGGUUGUUUUCCCGCGCUAGUUGGAUGGACGUCUAGACGGAGGAAGGCAAGAGGUAAUGGUAAAAGAAGAUGGUAUAAGAGAAAUAAGAGAAGGAUAAAGAUAGGAAGGGAGGGAGUGGGGUGCGGAGAGCGAAGAUUAGUGAAGGGACGGGUAAGUGGUUGCUUCAGGAGAAUAAACCACGGCCAAGGAUAUUUAGGUUACACUAUAAGUUAAUGAAAAUAUAUGUUUUUCUCCCUUUGUUUUACAGUGAAUACGUUAAAAUAAUCGAUGGGAGCGGUACAACUGUGCUUAUUCGCAAUGGAUACUCAUCGACUCCUCAAAAACCUUUCGCGGAAGUCUCUUUUGGAAACUCUGAAAAUAUCACCGUUCAAAUCUAUCUAUAUUCUAGUUACAGUACUGCCACGCUUCAAUUCGGGAUUCUUCAACAGGGAUUACUAUCGGGUUAGUUUCAUCCUUAUAUUUGACGCAACUUUAAUAUUGCGAGCUUUUGCAUUUCGUACCAUACGACUAAUGACAUAACAAUGUCACUCAAAGAACGCUCAAAUCUACAUUUUUUAACAGCCUACUAACUUUUCCUAUGCGUCAUUAAAUAAAUUUGUUUAUUGUAGUUUUGCUUAAUUUGUAUACCAAAAUAAAAUCAAGAUAGGUAAGAUGGACUUGCUUUAUGGUACAAAAAAAAAAUAAUAAUCAGCAAAAUCUAAAAUGAUGAGCACUCGAGAGUAUUUCUGUUACCAUGUCAAUUUUCUAAAUUUAUCCUCAUUCAUACAUAUUUUCUAAACCGACAUUUUUUGUCUCUACAAGUAAGGUGCAUAGCAUAUAAAUAGUACUUAGCAGGAUAGCAAAUGUGCGUCCAACUGCUUACUUUCAAACUAAGACCAUUGCAGAGAAAGCUCAAACUUUGGACGGAAGUACGUUGUCAACGUCGACUCAUAUACAACAGAAAAAUAUAUAUAUAUAUAAUAAGACGGAGAAUAAGAAAAUAAAAUAUGACUAAUAGACACAUUACACAAGGUUCGUUUUAAACGGGUACAUCAUUUUAGAGAAGACGUUGUGAGCCUUUCUUUCUCAAUACUCGGCUUCCUGCACAGACAGAUUUGGCAGUUGGCGCCCAUCAAAUAUCUGAGCGUUGCGCCUGAUUGUGAGAUUUAGUGUUGUCGAACUCAAUAACCACUGUAAUCGCUUUCAUUAUCACCAAGUAAUAAACUUUCGUCCUUCCUUUUUAGCUCAGCUACUGUCCAGUUGGAGUGUGUCUAUUGAUAACAAAACAGCAACCAGCAUGCGAGUUUCUUGGAAAAAUCUAUCAGCAUUGCUGAGCCAGAGCAUUCUUCACUAUAUAACUGUCAUAAAAAGUAGCAAUGGAAGUAUCGUGAAUGGAAAUAUUCUGCAAGGCAAUGCCACAUCUAGCGUCUUCUAUGGGCUUUCGCCGUAUAUGGAAUACCGACUAGAUGUUCUUGGUGUAAAUGAUAACCAAAAGGUUUACAAGAGCUCAGAAGUCACAGAGUGGACUGAGGAAUCGGGUAUGUUUAUAACAUUAUCCGCGCAAUUAUAUCAUCGGUUGCUUUGAAAGGCCAUUUCCGAGUUGCCACAAGCCUCUGUUUCAAAGCGAGGUUAAGUGCGAAGUUAUUGAUUUGAAAAUGUUGUUGUUUUAUUCUCAUGCAAAUAAAACUCAUUUUCACAGAAAAACCUUUGCUGCAUUUAGCCUCGUUUUGAAAGUAAGUGUCUUUAGAAGCCCGAGAUGGCUCAUUAACCUUCGACAGCAAUGUCACGGAGGAAAUGUUCAUUAAGGUAUUUUAGGCAUUUAAAAAAAGACACCAAGCAAGUGCUCAAAAUACCCGUGCACUUUUUCGGGGAACUCAAGUUCGCUGAACGCGAAAAUUUAAUCGGAAGUUGGCAAAAUGUCAAGUUAUUCAGAUUUUUUCUUUUCGGGGUGUGGGUGGGGACACCCCGGUCUGAAUAGGGUUACAGCACUUGAACACGUAUUAAACCAUUCUCUGUUUUCAUUGCUACGCCGUCAAAAAUAAAAAUGCAAACCGUUCAAUACAGAAUAUCCAGAAUUUGGGAAAUGAAAGAAGAUUAAAAAAAUUAUACAAAAAGCCUCGCCAAGAAUCAGGUCUGUGCGAUAUUUCAUAUGCGAGAUAUUCGGAAAAAACGUUUUACCCAAAUUUAUAAGCUUUGUGUGGCGACGCCAUGUUGGUGUCCCUUUGAGGGGCACAAAUAUGGCCGCUGGAAACCCACAGAAGCAUCUGUUAUUGAGUUUUCCUACUAACGCAUGAAUUCAUUGCUUGAGGAACUCAUACUCAUUCCGGCCGAUUGACGAUGAGUUUCCAAAAUCAGUGUACACGGAGAUUAAUUGUGAGAUGGUUAGGCAAGCUGUUUUGAGAACAAAGGGCGCAGGAGGCCCCUCUGGUGUUGACGCAAAUGGUUUCAGAAGAAUCCUUGCCUGUAAGUCCUUUAAACAGUCAUUUCCAAGGCUAUGUGAGGCAAUAGCCACAAUGACAAGGACUCUAUGUAUACAAUACAUCGAUCCUACGACCAUAAAGCCUCCGGUGGUUACCCAUCCAAUUCCACUGGUGCUGUGAGACCAAUAGUCCUGAGUGGGAGAGGUAAGUAGAAGAGUGUGCGGAAAGUGGGUGAUGAUGGUCAUCAAAAAGGGUGUGGUCGAGUCAAGUGGCUUAAUCCAGCUGUGUUGUAGACAGGUCUGGAAGUGAGGCUGCAAUACGCGCUAUGCAAUGCUAUGUUUGAAGCAGAUGUCACUGGUGCUUCACUCCUCAUUGAUGCUUCUAAUGCAUUACAUAACAUCCGCGUUUAUGCCCUGUGAUCGCAGCCUAAGCUAUCAAUGCCUGCAUGGUCUAUACGCCUUAAGCAUUUAGCCUUUAACUACGAGUCUUCAAGCAACUUCCAGCGUGAAGCAAUGCUGGUUUGCAGAUGAUGCCAGUGGAGCUUGCUCUACAACAAAAAUUAAGAAGGGUCGGGAUGUUCUUAGCAUCCUGAGUUGGCGAAAAUGGCAGAAAUGGCAAUUAAUCGCCAAAAUCGCCAAAAUAUAAACAAAAAUUCAAAUGAGAUGGCAAAGGGGCCCUUUGGAAAGUGGCGAUUUCGGCAAAAAUGGCGUAUUUGGCGAAAAUGGCAGAAAUGGCAAUUAAUCGCCAAAAUCGCCAAACUAUAAACAAAAAUUCAAAUGAGAUGGCAAAGGGGCCCUUUGCAAAGUGGCGAUUUCGGCGAAAAUGGCAGAAAUGGCGCUUAAUCGCCAAAAUCGCCAAACUGUAAACAAAAAUUCAAAUGAGAUGGCAAAGGGGCCCUUUGGAAAGUGGCGAUUUCGGCGAAAAUGGCGUAUUUGGCGAAAAUGGCAGAAACGGUGCUUAAUCGCCAAAAUUGCCAAACUGUAAACAAAAAUUCAAAUGAGAUGGCAAAGGGGCCCUUUGGAAAGUGGCGAUUUUGGCGAAAAUGGCGUAUUUGGUGAAAAUGGCAGAAAUGGCAAUUAAUCGCCAAAAUAUAAACAAAAAUUCAAAUGAGAUGGCAAAGGGGCCCUUUGAAAAGUGGUGAUUUCGGCGAAAAUGGCGUAUUUGGCGAAAAUGGCAGAAAUGGCGCUUAAUCGCCAAAAUCGCCAAACUGUAAACAGAAAUUCAAAUGAGAUGGCAAAGGGGCCCUACGUUGCAAAGUGGCGAUUUUGGCAAAAAUGGCAGAAAUGGCAAUUAAUCGCCAAAAUUGCCAAACUAUAAACAAAAAUUCAAAUGAGAUGGCAAAGGGGCCCUUUGGAAAGUGGCGAUUUCGGCGAAAAUGGCGUAUUUGGCAAAAAUGGCAGAAAUGGCAAUUAAUCGCCAAAAUUACCAAACUAUAAACAAAAAUUCAAAUGAGAUGGCAAAGGGGCCCUUUGCAAAGUGGCGAUUUCGGCAAAAAUGGUGUAUUUGGCGAAAAUGGCAGAAAUGGCAAUUAAUCGCCAAAAUCACCAAACUGUAAACAAAAAUUCAAAUGAGAUGGCAAAGGGGCCCUUUGGAAGGUGGCGAUUUCGGCGAAACUGGCGUAUUUGGCAAAAAUGGCAGAAAUGGCAAUUAAUCGCCAAACUAUAAACAAAAAUUCAAAUGAGAUGGCAAAGGGGCCCUUUGCAAAGUGGCGAUUUCGGCAAAAAUGGUGUAUUUGGCGAAAAUGGCAGAAAUGGCAAUUAAUCGCCAAAAUCACCAAACUGUAAACAAAAAUUCAAAUGAGAUGGCAAAGGGGCCCUUUGGAAGGUGGCGAUUUCGGCGAAACUGGCGUAUUUGGCAAAAAUGGCAGAAAUGGCAAUUAAUCGCCAAACUAUAAACAAAAAUUCAAAUGAGAUGGCAAAGGGGCCCUUUGGAAAGUGGCGAUAUUGGUGAAAAUGGCGUAUUUGCCGAAAAUGGCGGAAAUGGCGAUUAAUCGCCGAAAUCACCAAAUUAUAAACAAAAAUGCAAAUGAGAUGGCAAAGGGGCCCUUUGGAAAGUGACGAUUUUAGCGAAAAUGGCGUGCACUAAUUCUGUAUCUUUUCAUCAACCACAAAUAAUAAAAAAUAGAGAGUGCAUGUUGGCCUCGUUCUUAAAACGUGUUUUGGCAGAAAUGGCAAUUACUCGAUGAAAUACCUAAUUUGUCAAGACAAAGUGAAAUGACAAAGCAAAGGGUCCCUUUUGAAAUGGCUAUUAAUUGCCAAAUAGUUAACCACAUAUUAAUAUAAAAAUGUUUCCAAUAGUAUAAUUGUAUACUAAUAAUGACAACGCUACUGUAACUUACGUGUCAUUAAUCUGUUUUUAAUGCUUUUACCUUUAAUUGAUAACCUCUUGUGAUUUGAAAUUCGUCCCAGACAAGAGUGUUUGGUCGGGAAUUACCACUUAUAACUAAUUUCUUGCUCAAUUCAAAUCGAAUGGCCAACGAGUUGUAUUCGAUUAUCAGUAAAUGGUAAUCUUCGUAAUGUUCAUGGCAACUUUCUUACCAAAAAAUCCAAGAUAGGUAGCCUUAAUUUUCCAGGCUUGUAGGCAUUGUUUGAAUAGCGACAGUUCAACAUUAUAUGUUAUGAGGAAUCCAGGUUGGUUCUUGGCUACGCAUUCAGAUAAUUAGAUGGUCCGUAUUGCCUUGUAUAUCCAUCCUGUUUGUUAUAAUGGCGUUCAAUCGUACAAGUAUAUAUAAACGAGCUGCUUCAUUGCAGUUUCACAGAACAGGAACGUGUAAGGUUUAGUAGUUGUUAUAUAGACGCGGCGGCCAUGUUGAAAUAGUCGAUUUUGGAUAACUACUCUAUGUAAGUAGAAACGAUUAGUGUCAUUCCCAGCCGAGUUUGAAGGGUCACUCUAUGUAAGCAAAACGAUUAAUGUCGUUCACAGGGACUCUUAGGCAAUUGUUAAAAUAGAAGGUAAAAAGGCCGGGUGACGUGUUUCGACGAGCAUUAGCAUUAGCAAUUUAAUGGAACACAUAUUGUACUGAGAAUUGGUUUGGUGGUCUCAGCGCAAAAAAACAAUACAUUUUCUAAAUUUCUGGCCUCACCUCAUAAAGCAAUAAUGGGACACAUUUUUUAAGAACGAGACAAACAUGUACACUCUCUUUUUAUAUAUCUAGUUGAUGAAAAGAUACAGAAUUAGUUUGAAUGGGAUAUGUUUUAAUGAAAGAGACAAACAAGUUAUUACUUUGAUCCAAUGCUGAUGUUCAAUAAAUGCGGUGAAGUAUUGGGCACAAGUGACAUUUCGUGCAGGUUUACAUAAAGUGGAAACAAGCGAAUUCACACAUUUCAAAAUGGCGCAUGCAAGCUGCUGAACAUUUCGGCUUUCGUUACUUUUAGGGGACCGUUUCUCUAAAGAGCAAAACAAGUAAGUGCGAGAAGAAAGUGAAGAGUUUAAAACGACGGAAGAAGAUAAUGUGUAUAGUGGAGAACCAAAAAAGAGUGAAGGGCACACACUGGUUAUCGUGAAAGCAUCUUUUAGCCAGGAACCAUGCGUUUCGCACAGGAAAUUGUCUUGUGGAAUCGUUCGAUGCAAUUCAAAAGACGAAUUUUAAACGGCACAUGAAUUAGCAUAUAUGAUUUUUACAGGCUUGAGAAUCAUCGGGAGAAUUGCCCGCUGAUUUUGUCAAGCGAAUCAAAUUGUCCCGGAAUCAUAUGUGAUGAUGACUGAAGUUCUGCUAAAUCAUAAGUGAUGAUUUUUUCAGCAAAGUCAAAAUCAUUCGUGGAAUCAUAACGUACGAAACCGUGAGUGUCUGGAAUCAUCACCAGGCGAUUCGCUGCUGUUAUGAAAUCGUUUGUGGAAUCAUAACCUUGUGCCCAACAAAAGGGAACGUUGGAUUCACGAGUGAAAGAUCGGUCGUCGAACUGUCAUAAACCGAACUAGGAUCAGACGAAGUUGAAACGAAGACAAAUAUGAAAAGUGUAGCAGAAGAAGUCUUGUAGUUCCUAGCGUGCGCGCAUAAACUAAAACUUGAAAGGGGCUUGGUACGAGAUUUGACCGUGUACCUCUGAUCUAACACGAAAAUCCUAUUGUAUGUUAUUGAAACUUUCAAGUUGAAAUCGUUUAAUCUGAAGGUAGUUGAAGAUCGUGAUCAUCCAUGGAUGCAGGCCGGACCUUUUAAAGGUAAACUUUCUUGCUUUGCUUCAUAAAUAAAAUGGUAAUACAUUUACAUUCAAGUGAUGGUACUCAUAACAGAAGCUUGUUGACGUCAAAAACAUGUGUAUACUACCUUUAUACUGUUGCCUUUUGCUGGUUGGGUAAUUUAUUUAACACAAAGAGGCCUUCACACACACAAAAAAAACAAUACCACUGAUGUUAUAUAAUUUGUAUGAUAGCAGGAAGACCUGUUUUACAUCAAACUAAAUAAAACAGCUCAUUUUGUAUAGCAGAAAAUAACACUAAUUUGCAUACUUUUUGGAGUAAAUUUGACAGAAUAUUGAAUAACAAUAUCUAUAUUAAUUAUAACCUUAAAUUAAUUUAAACUAUAAAUCACAAUUUACAAUGGUGAUUUGAACAAUGCACAAAGUAAUUAAGUGUAUAAAAUCAUUCAUUUGAGUUAAACAACAUUUUAAAUGACACCAAACCAGUUAAGGUAUAUGAUUAUUAUUAUGAUGAUUGUUGGUGAUAGCCCCCAUUCAAUUAUCCCCAUUAUUUGAAAUCUGGAUUACCCCUGGGGUCAAACAGGUCCAAAUUAAAAUGAAACACAAAUAUUUUAAUUAAUCAGAGCUGUUCUCUAGCAGAGCCCAUUGGCUCCUAGUGCCUAUAAGAGGGGGCUGAAUAGGGGUAUGCAAAUCCGCCAAUCCGUUAUGAUUUAUUGGCCAAAUCCGCCGUUAAAAAUUUCGCCCUGAAUCCGAAAUCUGGGCAAAAAAAAAUUUUUAUUACACGCAAAGUCCAAAAUCCGGGCCUAAAAAGUCGAUGAAUCCGCAAUCCGCUGCAAUUACAGGAUCCGAAACCGUUAAAAUCUCGCUUUGAAUCCAAAAUGUGGGCAAAAAUAUUUUCAAAAUCCGCCCGAUCCAUUCGCCUAUUCACCCCCGCUCCUAUAACUCUUGCUCUCAAGCAACUUGAAAGUCUUACUUUUUUUUCAUUCAAAUCAUAUGCUGGGCACCCUAGGUGUUACAGCCUUAGAGCACAGCCUUGAACUUUAAUAAAAUGUUGCACUUAAGUGACAAUGAGUUUUUAAGAUCCAGACUUGAUCAAACAACACAGAAAUUUUGAAAUGUUAAGUACAAUUUGUUCUCUUAUUUUACUUGUUUGUACUUGUCAUAGAUAUUGACUAUCAGUCGAGAAUUAUAUAUAGGCCUGAACACCCAACAACUGAUUUUUUUAAAGGCAGGGCUGCCACCAGUGGCCAAGGAGCAAGCAUUUUACUUUUGAGCAUGAUCCUUGGUUACUUUUGUAGGGAAACCAAGGCAAAAUGGAACCAAAUGCAAAGAACUUUCUAACUUUUCGAUUCCCCACCUUUUUAAAUAUGAACUGUCCGUAAUAUAUAGAGGAGGAUAGUUUAUCUAUGGCUGUUGACUCAUCACCAUUUCUCUUUCAGGGAGAUUUUACUGAUUAAGGACAGUGUAAGUGAGGCUACAUGUGUAAGAGAUAGCAAUACAGACCUGCCAAUUCGUGGCUAAAAUGUUACAAAGCCCCAUUAAGGUUAAACACUGGCACUAGCAUCCCCACAGAAUUUCUGUUUUAUAUUCAACAAGGUAACAUUUCAUUUCAGAAGGAUAUCUCCCCCAAAAAACAUGAGAUUGGGAGUCUUGUUGUGGGGCCAUGAGACAAGUGAAAAAUCAUGAGAGUCUUUGAAGCCAGAAUUGUGAGAGUUGGCAGGUCUGGCAAUAUUAAAAUAGACAUUUUUUGGUCCAUUAAAGGAUCUUAUUUGAAAGGUUCGGUCUAAAUUAUUCUUUGGUUGUCUUUAAAAGACUGUGCUGUUUCUCUUAAUACAAUCAGUAAAAUCUCAAAUGAUUCAAUGUUUUGGAAUUGUCCCAUAGUGCAAUCAAAUCAGGUUGAUUGUACGAACAUCCUAGGAGAUUAAUUAGGAAGCAAUAUUAGCCUUUGAAUUCUUUUGUGGAUAAACAGAGUGCCUAAUUAGACAUGAAAUUCAAACACAGUGAAAAAUUACUGACUUUUAUGGUCUAUCUGCAGUCCUAAUUCCAAUAAAAGGAUUUAUCCUUGUGGAUGAGUGUGGACUCCCAUAAUAAAAUUGAUAGGGAUGCUUGAUUAUUUAGGUGUUGGAUUUACAGGUUUUGAUCCAAUCUCGUUCCCAGGUUUUCUCUCCUAUCCGUCGAGAGACCCUGGCAGGUCUGGUCAUGUAUAUCCCAGAAUCUGGGACAGGUAGGAGAUAACCCUGGCUUUGAUCGCACCGCAUAAGGGUGUUUAGGACAAAUAACCAAUAUUUUUACCCAUACAGGCACUGCUUGAUGUUGUGGGUAAAGAAAUUAUGUCUAUAUAAUUUGAUGAAAUGUGUUGGAGUUUAUUAUAAGUCUCUGUAAGGAUUCAAUUCAAGCCUGAAUCAAACCCGCAUUGUCCUCUUUUAGGGAUUUCACUCUAAUUUGUUAUAUACUGAGCAUCAUGUCAUUUUAUAUGGGAUUUGAAUUCCCGCAUCACUCAGGUUCCUUGAAUAUAGCAGCCCAAAAGUCCAGCUAAUAUUAAUAUUUUAGGCUGACGCAAAAUAUUGAAAUUUAAAACACAAAGUGUAGUGUUCCAGCUAGUAUAGGUCACUGACACAAACCAGUAGAUCAACAACAGAAUGAUGUAUUAAUUAUCUCUUCAUUCCCAGAAUGAAUAAUGACUCUUGUACUAGAUUUAAAAUCUGCUGAUGAAAUUCUGUGGUAGGACCAUUCAAAUGAAACCUCUUUGGCAUAACUCUAGCGCUAUCUGUUUUUUUAGCACUUUACAGAAUGAAAUUUAAAAAUCUUGUCAGAUACUUUUGACAAUUGCAUGCCAUUCUGGGAGAGAAGUGGUUAUAAUUUAUAAUAUACAUGUAUAUAAGUAUUGAACCUUACAAUUCCUAAUAGUGACCCUGAAUGUCAAUCAGUUCCUACUGGCAAUAUCAAUAUGUCAUCAAGAGAGAAGGUUCUGAGAACUUUCAUAGAAAUAGGGCUGUGUAUAAAAGUGGGACGGGGACAAGGGGACGGGGACUUCGGGACGCGUGUGAGGGGACUUGGGACUUAGGGACGCGAGACGAGGGACUUGAGGACAUCAAGUGUGGGACGCGGGGACGUAUGGGACGGGGACGCGGGGACGUCAAACACAGGAACGCAGAGGACACGGGAUGUGAAUAAUUAUUGCAAAAGUCGGAGGUAAAUGCGAUAUCAGUCACUUUCCUCGUGAAUAUGUCUUGGUGAAGGCAACGUUUAAUCUAAUCACGUUUAAUCUCAACAAUUUAUAUCUUCUCUAUGUUAUUUGGCCUUUUUUACGUGAUUAAAAUUUACUUGCGUUAACGUGCAUAGCCAAAAACGCGUCAGUGGAAAUCAACCUUAAAGUACUGUUAGCAAGCAUUUACUGUUAGGUUUGCCACUACAAAUAUGUAGCUGAAUCCCCGGUGGAUUAGUGGUACAGGCAAUGGAUUUCGGAGCUUGCACCGCGGGGUUCGAAGCUCGCUUAUGCCACAUAAUUUUUUAUUUAUUUGGAAUCGAAUGCUGUUAUUCUACUAAAAUUUUGGCGACCCCAACCCACCCUACCCUGCUUUAGGCUCCAAUAUUCCAUCAGCAAGAAGACCGUCAGGACAACAGUUUCACUUUCUUCAAUGCAAGACUAGCAAUUUAAUAUAGGGGGUCUUCGCCGAGUCUUCGCUUCGUAAACAGGCAUGAAGGAACCCUUAGGAGGGCAGGGUGUGCUGACUUCACCAAGACAUAUUCACGAGGAAAGUGACUGAUAUCGCAUUUACCUCCGACUGUUGCAACAAUUAUUCACAUCCCGCGUCCCCUACGUCCCUGUGUUUGACGUCCCCGCGUCCCAUACUUGAUGUCCACAAGUCCCUCGUCUCGCGUCCCUAAGUCCCAAGUCCCCACACACGCGUCCCGAUGUCCCCGUCCCUUUGUCCCCGUCCCACUUUUAUACACAGCCUAGAAAUAGUCAUCUCCGAAGGGAAUAAGUUUUGAUCCUCUAUCAAAUUUUCUAUAAUGAGAUGUAUGGGAUAUCAUGAUCAGUCUCACAGAAUUUGUUUAUUGAUAUUGUCAGGCUUAAGGAGUAAAUACUGGAUUUCACUAGUCUAAAAAGAGGAUGUCCAAGGGGAAUAUGUUUUGAUCUCCUAUUUAAUUCUCUAAUUCUGACAUGAUAUAAUUGCUUGCUCAACAAAUGAAUUCAACUGGCUUUUAGCAGAAGGAUUAUCAAGUACAUUUGUGUAACACUUUCAUAAGUUCUUCUGGAUUUUGCACUUCCAUGUAUAUUUCGUCAAAAAUCCCUUCUCGAAGGAGCAAUUUCUCCCCUUUGGUCGACCAAAAAUUUUUCAACUUGAGUCAAAUCAAUUAACGCAAACAUUGUCACACAAUAGUACGGAUUGCCACAAUCGCGCAAUUUGGCGCAUUGCAGCAAAAAACAAAUUUGUUAUUUUACAUUGUUUAUUGAUAUUUGUUCAUUAUUAAUUGGAUUUCACUGGUCUAUUAAUGUUUAUUAAUUUAAACACGAACUUGAUUAUCUUUUAUUAACAUUCAGACAACAUUGUUUUGUAUAUAUAACAUCGCCAUUAAACUUACGUUUUCUCGGACCGCUGUUAUCUACACUGAUUCCUUGUGUAUUGUUAUUUUUCCAUAUUGGAUUAUUUUUGAUCCGCACACUUCACAGUGCAAUUUGUGGGGAGACUCUGGAAUUUUGCUCAUGUUACUUCAGUUCACCAAGCAUUUUUCAAAUUGUUAUUAAAAAGGGAAAUGUUUGAAAAAAAAAUGUAUCUGAGCAUAAUUUUAAGACCCAAAUAAACAAAAGCAAAAAUCAUUGCGAUGAUUUCCUGUAUAUUCACAUAUCUGAAAUGAAAGGAUUUGGGAAAUUCUUUAAUUUGGGGGGGGGGUAUGAUUCCACUGACAGUAUACUCUCAAGCUACAAUGAGUGAUACUUUGAUUUUAACAAUGCGAUAGUGGGGGUUAUGAUUCCUCAAAUGAUUUAAUAAGUCUUGCAACAUCGUGGUUAUGAUUCUUAGCUAUGACAACACAGGUUAUGAUUCCUCAAAUGAUUUCAUAAAGCCUUUAACAACCAGGGUUAUGAUUCCUGUGCCUGACAAAAUGAUAUGAUGACUUGGUGAAGCCUGGGCAAACCAAGGUUAUGAUUCCUCAAACACAUAAAAUCAUUACUGAAAUUACAAUUGGUUAUUUGACUAUGCCAUUUCCUGUGUCGCAAUCGCUUUUGAUUUAAGGCUACCUCACAAUUUAAUGGAACCAAUGUGAAGAGAAUUGUAACCAGUGAGGAUUGUUAAGGUCUACAUCGAACCUCAAAAGUUAGAGUGUCCAUGGCAAGGAAUUAUUAUGAUUUCAAGGACUUAGUAGUUCUCUCCUCGAGUAAUUAGUGGACUUGUAAGUCUUUGAAAGGAAUGAACCAUACAAAAGCAAAUGAUGCUAGUGUGAUAUUUCAGCGCAUCACAUCACUUUUGGUAAGUCAAGCGACAUCGAAAGUAAGGAAAUGUUUACUUAAGCUGUGAAGUACAUGGCACAAAUACAUAUUAGCUUAACUGAAACGACUUCCAUUUGUUGUUUUCAGAUAUAUUUGAUUCAGUUGUAUUUGAUAAAAUAAUGUUGUUUGACAGUUAGGUAAAGCUGUUUUGUCAUAUAUUUGAUUCAGUUGUAUGUGAUAAAUGUUGCCUCACAGUUAUUGGGGCCUCUUAUUAGGCAAGUAAUUUGAACUUUUUUUUAGUACUGUUGCCUCACAGUUAUAAGGACCUCUUUAGUUAUCUACUUUGACGGGGCCACUUUUGGCAUCCAAUUUGAAUAUUUUGCCACAUAUCGCCAGCCCUCUGGCGAUUUUUGCCAAAAUCGCCAAUUUCACCAAAAUCGCCAUUUUCGCCAAAAUCGCCAGCCUCCAAGGGGCCACUUUUGGCAUCCAAUUCAAAUCGCCAGAGGCUGGUGAUUUUUCGCCAUUUUCACCAUUGCAUGCAUGGCAAUUUUUGCCAAAAUCGCCAAUUUCGCCAAAAUCGCCAGCCUCCAAGGGGCCACUUUUGGCAUCCACUUCAAAUCGCCAGCGGCUGACGAUUUUUCGCCAGUUUCGCCAUUUUCGCCAUUCCUUGCAUUUCUGGACAUAAGUGAGCAUCCUUGGUCCAGAUUUUGGGUAUUUUCCGAACGACAAGAAAUGUUGGAUUAUUGUAAAACCAGCUAAGGAAGAAAGUGUCAGAGAAGCUUCCAAGGAAACGUCUGUAUUAAUGUAACAGUGCAGGGACAGAAACACCUGGGGGUGGUGAUAGGUUCACGAUAGUAUUAAGGAGAUGGCACCAUAGAAGACUAAGCGAGCAUCAUAUCCAAGAUCUGGGCUUUACCCUGACUAAAAGGGAGUCCCCAACGUUGUUAAACUAUGCUAGACUGGCCAGUGGAUGGUAUCCCCUCCUUCUUGUUUUUUUACCGCAGACCACGCUAUAAUUUGUUACUCAGCGUCACAAUGAGAUGUGAAAGCCGAACUUCUGAAUACGACAUGUAGCGACAUUGAAACUGAGACAGUCUUGCAAGACAUCUAUGUAGAACAGCUCAGUAGAGGGUCUAAUAAAUCACAGGAUGCGAGAUAGGAUAUCCAUGCACGUGGUUUCUGGGAGCACCAACGAUCGGCAUUCUCUGAUGUCAGGGUCUGUCACCCAAAUGCCUAAUCGUAUAAGGACCUCCAACCGCAACAGAUCUAUUGUAUUCAUGAGGGCGCGAAACAACGUCUGUAUAUAAGAAGAGUUCUCGACAUUGAGAAAGGAACAUUUACGCCCUUGGUGUUUACAACAACUGUUGGUGUGGGAAGAGAAAUGCCUCAGGUAUCGCAGUCGACUAGCGAAGCUGAUUGCCAACAAGAAAGGCGAACAUUAUGCUAAGACUAUGUCAUGGAUCAGAAGCAAAAUCUCAAUUGCAUUAUUAAGAUCAGCACUCAUUUGUCGUGGAGAAUCUAGGGCAAAAGGGAGAGCUCCGUAUCAAGAUAUUGAGAACGCUGCCAUUGAGAUCGAACAUGUAGAAGGCGCUAUUAUGGAUUACGAGUAAACAAUUCUUUUAAACUUGCUUUUCUUUAAUAUCAGAAAAGGAUAAUUUUCUUUUGUUACGACGUAAUUUAAAACCCUGGACUGUGUGCAAGAGAUAUUAAUCGUUUCUGAGCCGCAAUGAAUGUAUUUGGGAAAUCGGUAUUGACACAGGGAUUUUAUUUUUUAUGGCUUAUAUAAUUUUUAAUGUUAUUUAACAAUUAAUGAAUGAGGCUGAGUAUCUUAAGAAGAAUUAUGGAGAUCUCCAUAAUUCUUUAUAUGAUACGAAAGCCGAAUUCAAUAAUUGUUUUAUUAUUCAUUCAAAAUAGUUCCUAGUUUAAAAACAUGGCUGAAACAUGGUUACAUCCAUCGAUCCAUCGACGUUAAGUUCAUCUUCGAUAGUGCACGUUUAGGUUUGUGCAGUUCCGCAAAUAUUCUCCAAAUAGCAUAUGUCGCCCUUCAAGUUGUCUUCUUGCUGUUCUUGCCAUGUUUUUAGCUAUUGUUUCGCCUAGUUCUUACUCUUGAGGCGAGUGAAAUGUCUGCCAUAUUUCAAGUUCGCAACCAAAACAACUCAACCUCGUCCCCAGGUCUUCUCGGUUAACGGUGCCUUAACCUGCCAAAACGCUGCAUUUUUGACGUCAUUUCCUCGUUAAACACAGAAUUCUUCCAAAUUUGUUCAUCGGUAACUGGUUAUGGUGAAUUAAAAGUGACUGUGCUUUUAGCCAAUCAGAAUCGGGAAAAUAUUUUGAAUGAACAAUAAAUAGUAUUUAAUUUUUACGUCAAAUAUUUCUGGAAAUUAUGUACAUUAUAUAUUUAUUGAAUAAAGUUUUAUCGUUAUUGUUCCUUUAAUUAUUAUGUUACUUAUUAUUAUUAGUAUUAUUAUCAUUAUUAUUAUUUUUAGUAUUAUCAUCAUCAUUAUUAUUAUUUAAUGCAUUUUUGGGGUGCUUAAUGUAUAAAACUUCUAAUGAGAAGUCUUAAAAUGCAAAUGUGCCCGUCUAACAGCCUCUCAUGUUUUAUUUCGUUCUAGUUCCUGGUCUUGCUCCGAGCAAUAUAUUGUUCUCUGAAGUAACGACAACGCAGUUCAAGGUUACUUGGAAUCCUCUUCCUCAGCAGUUUCACAAUGGACGAUUGUUGGGCUAUAGAGUUUACUUCAGGAGGAGCGCCUAUUUUCCAAUGCCUUUUAAUACAAGCAGUUUAGUCACCAGCAGUCCUAACAUGACAUGGGCAUUGAUAACAGGACUAGGACCGGCCCAGCGUUAUGAUGUUUCUGUGGCGGCGUAUACAUCCAAAGGAGAAGGACCACGUUCUUCGUUUUAUUAUGUUACCACAGGUAAAACCUAAGGCAAAAUAGUCAAUUUUAAUCUUGAGGCAUCACCAUUGAAACAAACAAACAAAACAAGACGACGACGAUGACGACGGCGACGCGAUGUGACGCAACAAGAGUGAAAGGAAAAAUAAAAUGCCGAUGGGUGAGAAGGGAAAAAACAGGCACGUGACAAUAGGACUUUUUUUUAAGAGGGAGAGGGGGCGGUACUAAUCAGGGUAUGGUUCUUAAACAGGGUAUUUUCCUGGGCCGGAGGCACAUUGAACAGGUGAUAAUCUUUUGUGGGGUGCGGUCAGCCGAUGUUGCGCUUUUAUCAAUAUUUUAUUUUAUUUAGAGUUCAAAGCAGACUCUAAAGUGUCUACUAAUCAUUGUGGUUACAGCUUGCAAGGUGGUGGUCAACCAAUCAUCUGGCGAUAUGAAUGUGACACAUUCUGAUUACACCAGCUUAUACUGCUUCUGGUCAAUUGGGAAUACCGGUAUCCCCCAAGCAAUUGGUCUACUGCUAAUUCGGGAGAUACGCUUCGGUUAUUGCAGGUAUUCAUUGUUAUUGUUACUGAACAAAAUCUGAUGCCACUCAAUUCUAAACCUCAAAUAGUUGCCUUCUAUUAUGUAUUACGGACCACAUUAACCAUGAUUGAUUUCUAGAGGAAAAGAGCCACCGUAAUAUUGUUAAAACGUGUUGGUUUCAAGAACAGCCCUUUCGUUAUUUGGGGCAGUUUUUAUUGUCUGUGCUGAAUAGACAGGAGAAGUCGUCACAUCAUGUCACGUUGCCAUGGUAGCAAGCUUUUCGGAUGACAACAGACCAAAACAUUACUUAAAAGGUAGAUGCGCACUAUUUCAAACUUCAUCGACCUUAUUGAAUUUCAUUUAAUGUGUAAAAUGUUGGCGAAAUAUUCUGGACUAAAUCCGAAAGGACCGUAUCUAAGUUUAGAAAAAGAAAACGUUUGUGUGUUGUGCUCAUCUACUCCAUAAAGUGGGUGCGUGAAGUUAGGACGUUUCCAGUCGCAAUCGUGCUACAACGGCUAAGAAAUGUACAAAUAAGCCUGAUGUACCUGAAAAGUUGUUGUUUGUUGUUGUUGUUUGUUGUUGUUGUUUUUUGCCAAUCUAAACCUAUUGUUUUUUGCUGUUCGCUGUCGCCGUUGCAAAAAUUCCCUAUUGUUGUGAUCCAGAAAUUUUGCUACCAUGGCAACGUGACGUCACACUUCUCAUCUCUGUUGGACCAAGGUAUAAGAAGAGCAGUCAAACGAGGUAUGAACGAUCAUAGAUUGACUCCUUCGAGUGCCUGUUAUUUAAUUUAACUACAUACUUUCCUAUCUUGUAAAGAAAAUGAAAAAGGAAUUAAUUGUCUUAAGGUGCUUUUAUAUAUUCUGUCAUUACUACCACAGUGAAUAUUUCAAGAUUUUUGACGGCAAUGGGGUUCUGAAAUUUCACCAAAGCGGCUGCUUAUCCUCUGUUCAUGGAUUAUUGGUAGAGGUACCGUUCUUUGCGUCAAACAACAUUACAGCGAGUUUUAACAUGCGUCGCUUGAGAAGUACUAUCAAGGCUGAUUACCUGAUACUGGGGAAAAGUGUUCAUGCAGGUAAACCCCAGUAUCGUUCACUUGCAUGUCACUUGCCUUUAAGCCUUAUAAAAUGACAGGGUCUGACUUUUUGUAAGCGCCCUGACAUAAAAAAUAUAACUGUAGACUUCUUAAAAUAAGGAGAAGGGAGUUACGCAUGCGGUAAUCAUGAAUAUUUUGAUGUGAGAUUACAACAACUUCAUCUUUAAUCUUGUCUUUUUUAUCUUCAUUAAUUUUCCUUAAAAUGAGCUGGGUCGCUUAAAACUCGCCAUUAGUUUCCCUUUGGUUCAAUUUGAAGUUUGGCGCAAGUAGACUUUAGUUAUUUAGCACGAUUAUAUAACUUUUAUUAAUCAUUGUUAUUUAGCUGGAAAUUUUCCAACAGCGCGUGCUCUUAUUGGUUACUUUGAGGUCACAUGACAUCUAACAAUGAAACUGUUUCGGGCCAAAAUCUAUGAUCAUUGCAAAAUCUAUGGCGUCAGAGGGUCUGUUACCCGCGGAUAUUGGCCUACAACCGCCCUUACAGCUAGGUUAAAUCAAUUUUCAGGUAUAUAACAAACCGCUUAAAGACUAAUCCCUCGGGAAAUAGUUAAUUUUGUUUCCCUUGAAACCACUCAUGAAGUUUUUUAUAUUUCAUUCUUUCUAUUUCUGUUAGAACACUUUAUAGAUUACUGUAUAUGUAUUAUUUUUUUUAAUAUAUAUCUUUUUCCCAUGUUUAGCUCAAAUGCUUUUUGGUUGGAAUUUGACAGUGGAGAACACCACCUUUUCAAGCAUAUUAAUUCGGUGGACAAACCUUACCAACGUUCUUAACCGUAAAGUUGGCCAUUACGUUGUCUUCUUGAACAGAAGAAAUAACAGUGUAUCAUUGCAUCAGAUCGUGGAUGGGGAUCAAUUAACCACGGAAAUCAACGGACUCACUCAUUCAACAAAUUAUACAGUGGAAGUCGUUGGGAUUGACGCAAUGGGGAAGCCUUACAAAACUCCACAAGAAGCCACCAUGACGGCAAAUCGUAAGAGACGAAACGCCACUGUUUUUUUUUCUUUUUCUUGCUAACAGGGAUCGUACAGAAUCUUGAAUUCUUGAAAAAGUCUUGAAACUUGUCCAGUUAUUUUCUUUAGAUAAAGAAAAAGUCUUGAAAAAAAAAGGUACAUGUAAUAAGUCUUGAGUUUUUUUGAAAGCUACAAGAAAUGCCUCACAAGUUAUUUUAUUUUAUUAUUUUUUUUCCAACUUUUUUUCCCCUUAAGUCUCUAUUGAUCACAUAUUUGAUAACCUUGAGUCUGGCAAAAGAAAUUUAUUGUUUUGGAAAAAGUCUGCAAAAAGUCUUGACUUUGGGAUUAGAAAUAUGUACGAACCCUGUGUUAAUGAUAAGAAAAGUUUUACAAUUAGGUACUUUUAACUUUUCCGACUGUGAAGAGUGACCAACAUCAAUUUUCCCUAAAUAUUUUAAGAGAAAAAAAAAGGUAAUAAUAAUUGAUAAAAUUAUCACCGAAGGGAAAAUGCUUUGAACUUAUGUCAGAUGGUCUUAACUAAUUUUUUUGAGGAAAUUUAUGGAGAUUAGUCUAGAGAAUUUUGUAUGUGGAUUGGGGCUAAAGCAAUGAAGUCUAAUUUUCGUAUCUGUUUUAUGACUAAACUUCACCGUUGCCGUUUUCUUGAAAAAUGUGGACAAAUUUGAGGCAAAAAGUAUGCUCUUUUCUAAACCAUGAUGAAUUUUAGGUAGUGCUAUAUCAUUUACAUUUAUAGGCACUUUUUUAUGGACUUCAACUGUGCAAAACGUCUUGAGCAAACACAGGAAUUUGUCCUUAUUUGGAACAUUCAUAUUUUUUUUCCAAUAAUCCUUAGUGCUUCUCGGUGUCGAUUUUUUUUGAAAAUGUAUUGAUUUUAAACAAUUAUUGGAUGAGGUUUUUGUGAUAACCGGAAUAAUCAAGGUCGAGGUAAGUGUUAUCAGCCGAGCCGAAGGCCAAGGCUGAUAACACUUACCGAGACCUCGAUUAUUUAGGAUAUCACAAAACCGAAUCUAAUAAUUGUUUUAUUAUACAUUGUUUUGGAAAUAUAACGACAAACACACCGUCGCAAGGAAACUGAAUUGAUAUCGUUAUUGUAAAUCAUGCAUUGCGCGCGCAGAAAACUGACUAAUCUGUAGGUUGCUCUGAUUUCAAAAAUUAGCUGUAGGCUCUUAGCCAAUGAGAAGACAGAUAAUGUGUACAAUACAUAAUGAAUAGAGUGGUUAUAUUAUCAUUACAGUAACAUGCGGUAUAAGGCCCAGUGUCGAUACCCCACGGAUUGUUAACGGGUCUGAGGCACCUAAAAAUAGCUGGCCCUGGCAGGCAAUGCUGCUAUCAAGAAGCGGUAGUCAAUUCUGUGGAGGCUCCUUAAUCCAUCCUCAAUGGGUUUUAACAGCAACGCACUGCGUAAGAAGCAGGGCUCUGUCGGAUGUUAAAGUGAGGUAAGAGUAAGAGGUCUAACUGUACACGGUUUGACGAUAAGCGAUAAACCAGUACAGUGAAAUUGGAAGUGCAACUCUAAAUGUGCUUUCAGUACAAGAUGAUAUAUAAACUGGGGAGGAGACGGUUGCCGGUAUGCACCCCCGUAAGGAAGUUAGGACAGGGCUUGAUAGCGUGGCGUACCAUUGCAAAGAUAUAUAAUAAUCAAUACCCAGUUCUUCUAUAACAGGGCCUAACAAUUUGGUAGCCUAGAAGGGACAUUCGUAUCAUUCCGAAUCCCAUCUGAUAAGAGUAUUGUUGUGGAAUCUAUAGUAAAAAGAACAAAUCCAUACAAAUCAUCUACUGUACGUCUCGUUUGCAUUCACACCUCCCAGUGCAUUCACAUCGAAUCCGCUAUGCAUUCAUGUAUACACAGAUCAAUAUGCAGAGUUCAUUUACACUUACCUUCGCGCCAUCCCAACAAGGCUAAAGAAUACUGAAAUGCUCAGUUACUUCAUAAGUUACGUCUCCUUAUCGGGAAAUUGCUACGGAAAGUGAACAGCAAUAGACUUAUAUCUCGCCUCAUGGUUCAGAAACUUAUCCGUAUUAUUAGAAUCAGCGCACUGACACUUAUGUCAUCCACUGGGACUUUUGACUUGAAAACUCCAUGUGAUGUAUUGAUAUUGACGUUUUCUUUUCAUGAUUAUGUUACUGAAGUUUUGUGUGCAGUUUUUUAUAAGAUUUUAAUAACGUAUUUUCAUUAAUUACAAAAAUAUUAUUGUUAAUUAUUAUUAUUAUAAGAUUUUUAAUUAUUUUUUCUUUUAUUAUUAUUAUUUUUUUCGUUUAUAUAGAUUGGGAGCACAUUACAGAUUGUGGUAUUCAGUUGGAACAGAACAAGACUUUGACGUUACAAAUAUAAUCCAACACGAAAACUAUCACUCUCCCAACCGCUAUAGCAACGAUAUUGCCUUGCUCAGGUUAUCAAGACCAGCUAGCCUUAGCAAAGGAGUUGGCCUAGUUUGUCUUCCAGAUAUAAACUUUCAGCUUCCCUUUGAUAAUUCUAACAAGCCCUGUUGGAUCACUGGCUGGGGAAGACUUUACUACCUAGGUCCACAGCCAAACGCACUCAUGCAGGUUGAUUUACCACUCGUAUCUAAGCAACGCUGUCUCAGUUAUUACCCUGGAAGAAUAGACGACUCCAUGAUAUGCAUUGGAAAGGCGCAGGGAGGUCAGGGUGCCUGUCAUGGUGAUAGUGGAGGGCCGCUUGUUUGCGAAUUUAAUGGUAAAUGGUAUCUUGAAGGAGCCACGAGCUGGGGGGGCCUUCCUUGUGCCGCCCCUUUAAAGCCAACUGUGUACGCAAACAUUCGUAACUUAAAAUCCUGGAUAACCAACAAAAUGAAUGGCUUUGUUACUCCUUCUCCACCUCCCUCUGGCGUCUCAGGUACGGUCUGAAGAGGAACGUGAAUGAUGAUGAUGAUAAUAAUAAUAAUAAUAAUAAUAAUAAUAAUAAUAAUAAUAAUAAUAUACGUAAUAUUUACUAAUUCCCAAGUCAUUUUUAAAGUCUAAAAUAGUGUACAAAAUAAUCUACCAAAACGCUGGCAAUGGUUAGGCUUUAGAUCUCUCUCGAUCAAUCACUAUGCCCGAUCAACUCGCAGUGUACUUUUGCGAGUUUUCUCGUUGAGCAAGCGUCGAACAGCUAAAAUAUAAGUUCAAGCGUUACUCGUUGUUCGGAUCGGCAAAACUACAAGAACAACAAAGAACGACAACUUUGUUUAUUCAUUUACAUAUUGGCGGUUUACAAACUGAAAUUAACGGUCUCUUCUAAACCAAGAAAGGGUUACAGUUUAUAACGUUUAUUGCACGUAUUAUUUAUUAAAUGGCUUAGUAAGAUAGCUGAAAAAUAAAGCAAUCAAAAAACUUAAAUGCCAGUCAAAUGGGGUUGAUUAUUUCUAUCAAAGACAUUUAAAACUGGUGUACGUUCGUGCACCCUUCGCCUUUACAGAAAGGCUGAGACAGUAUCUAAAAGAAAAAAAAAACGGAAAUAAAUACGUUUCACUUACCCUUAUUUUCGUGGACUAUAGGCCUGAGACUGGUUGGAGGAUCUGGAAGCUGGGAAGGAAGAGUUGAAGUAUAUCAUAACAACAUCUGGGGAACUGUCUGUGAUGACUCCUGGGAUAUAUUUGAUGCGCGAGUUGUUUGUCGCCAGCUUGGCUAUCCUGGUGCGGUUAGUGCCCCAGGAUCUGCCCGAUUCGGGGCCGGAAGUGGUCAAAUUUGGCUGGACGAUGUUGCAUGUUCGGGAAGUGAAAGUUCCAUAAUCUAUUGUCGGCACCGAGGUUGGGGCUCUCAUAACUGCGGUCACAGGGAAGAUGCAUCGGUUGUAUGCUCUAGAGGUAUGUUGGACAUGACAAUAACCAAUAGUCAUAUUAUGUGCGUUUCGCUUAGUAAGGUAUCUUAUAAUGUGGGGGAACGUCCUGAUAUGAACCCUUUACAAAACUGAUUAGAAAAACGUUUAUUGGAAGCAUAUAAUCAAUAGCGUGGACGAUACAUUAGUAAUAGAGUUGAGGAAAAAGACCUAAUAAGUUAUCAUUGGAGUUUUUUAUUUGUUCGUUUGUUUGUUAGCGUACAGUGCGCAGCUAUCACCUGAACCCCAAAGCCGUGAUUAUUAAAAUAAUAAUAAUAAUAAUAAUAAUAAUAAUAAUAAUAAUAAUAAUAAUAAUAAGCGAAUUCUCUCUACCAACAGUACCAGCAACGUCUGCACCAUGGACAACGUGGUCACCCUGGACGUCACCUUCUGCUGCCCAAGUAUCUUGUAACUUUGACUAUGGAUUGUGUUAUGGAUGGAGUCAGUCUUCCUCAGACAUAUUUGACUGGACACGCCACAGAGGAAGUACUUCAUCUUCAAAUACGGGGCCUUCAUCAGAUCACACUACUAGAAACGGUACAAACAAUUACGCUGUAAAUUGAAAUGAGUUCGAUUUCAUUGAAGCUUAAUGAAAAAUAGCCGUAAAUACAAAAUAUAUUUUAAUCAACACUGCUAUAGUUAUUUCGAAGUAUUUAUUAUUGUUAUUAUUUCUAGAUAUAGGUAUCGCUAAUUGCCAACGAGCAAAGAUUUUACCUCCGCGCUCGCGCUGUUCAAUUUGUUUAGAAAUGUCAUGAAUCACCGUAAUUUACGAGAAACACGCGUAUAGUUGUCGCAUUUGGCCCCUUGAAAUGUUUUAAAUGAAGCCACCCGACGAUUGGUUGAAGACCGGAUGAGCAGGGUACUCAUAAAGACGCACACGGGUCGUUGAUUCUCAGUUCUGUAUCACGUGUUCGGUCAAAUACAAUGCUUUCUAUGUUCUGCAUUACCUUAAAAUACCUUAAGUUACAUCAUCAUCAUCAUCAUCAUCAUCAUUAUUAUUAAUAUUAUUAUUAUUAUUAUUAACAAUUAUAGCUCGAGCCUGAAUGGGCUCUUAGUCAAUAGCCCAUGAGGUCGAAGGCCGAAUGGGCUAUUAACUCAGAGGCCAUGAGGGCGAAAGGAAUAAUUGUUUUAGUAAAAUCCAGCUAGUUGGUCAAAAAAUAUCAAGAAUAAGAAAACAUUUUAGCUAGUUAAAGCUAGACUUUAAUCCUUUUUUGCCGCCAAAAAGCCCGCGCUUUUCACUACUAGGACGCUAUAACAUAUAGCCUAGUAGUAGCUCAACCAAUCAGAACGCAUCAUUGAUAAUAGACCACUAGUUGGAUUUUACUAAUUAUUGUCAUCAUCAAUAUGCUCUUUCAGGUUACUACAUGUAUAUAGAGACUUCGUCCCCUAGGCGACAGGGUGACAACGCAAAACUGCAAGUGUCAGUUUCUGGAAAUGGCGCAGCAGCUUGUCUCGUUUUCUAUUAUCACAUGUAUGGUGGUACCAUAGGAACUCUUAAUGUUUACAACGGAAAUGAGUUAGUUUUCAGUGUAUCUGGAAACCAGGGUAACUACUGGAUACGAGCAAGGGAAACAAUUUAUUUGCGACACAGUGUAAGUUUGAUAGAGUUUGGUUCUUAAGGAAACACGACUUCGCCCCAUGUAAGUCCGCCUAUUCCGGAAUCCUGGAUACUUUUUUUUUGGCUUGUGGUUUCCGGAAACCUGGCUUUAAUUUUGAUUUCGGAAAACCGCUCUAGGAAUGGGGAAUCCCACUAAGAUUGGAAUCCGGAAUCCAAGUUCUACUGACAAAGAUCAAGAAUCCAGAAUCCAAGAAUGUCUUGCAUUCCCUUUAAUGGGGUGAGCGACCGUUGGUCAUAGAUUUCAGAGGGCAUAAUAUUUGCAGAAAUCUUUGAAGAUCUUUAGAGAUCGGUUGAAAACCCUACAUGUAAUACAAAAGGAUCUAUUGUGUUAUUUUGGCAAACCCCCUUACGAUAUUCUUAUCUCUUAUACCUAUUCUCCAUUAAAAUUGGCCGCUAUAUAUAAAUGUCAUUUUGAGGGUAAUGUGACCCUUAGUUUCUUUGUGUCGAUUACUUCCCUUAUAAGUCAUGGUUUUAUUUUAUUUAUUUAUUUAUAAAUUUUAAUAUCAACUACGGUUUCCGCAUACAGCGAUCCAACUUGUUUGACUUUCUCCAAGUGUUUGAAGACUUCCCAUAGAGUGCCGAAGUGAUGACGUCAUAAAAAUGAAAUUUGUGAAAUUAUGGGAUUUGUUAAGAUAUUAGAGACCUUAAGAUACCCCGAAAUCGGUGUACGGGUAACGGGUAGCGCCAUGUUUUUUCCAUUUUGUGGUGACGUCAUCGACCUUACCCGGUAAAACCAGCCGUUUUUCCGGGGUAGACACCAGUUUACCCGUAGAAGAUUUACGAGUAGCUGCAAGUCCUACAUGAUGGAGAAGCGAGUAAGUUUUUAAGACUUUUUAAGUACAAAUGUAAAUUGUAUGACUCCUUGGCAAUGUUAUUGCAAGUCUGUUCAAAUAUUUUUGCCAAAUUUGAAUUUUAGCUGUAAAGAAAGCGCUUCAAAAUGUAUAGUGAUUUUGGACCUCAAAUGCGCAGGUUGAACUCUGAAACGAUGUCAAUUUGUGGCGGUAUUCGGGGGGGAUUUCUGAGAAUUGCUCGAAGGUUUGAGUUUCGCAAAAGAAAUAGCAUUGAAAUAUUUGGCAUGGGAGCCACUGUUGAAGUUGACAAUCAAAGGAAUUGUUUGGUGAUGUGCCUCGAUCAAAACGGCGGGGUUUGCGAUAACAAGCUUUCGGUCGAGGGACUUCCCGCCAAGUUUCUUAAAAUCUUUCCAUGAUAUUUCAAUAAGCUUAUGUAUGAAUCAAUUAUUUGUUGCAGCUUGUUGUUAAGAUAUGAAGUGUAGAAUUUGAGGGAGAUUUUGUAUGCAUUAAGCGACAUGCAUGUACGAAGUUAAUUUUGCGUGCUUGUUCUUCGGGUAUCUUAAUCGAAAUGGUCACGCACAUGAACAUUUUACGUGUACGGGUACACUACCCGUACCCGUACACCGAUAUCGGGGUAUCUUAAGGUCUCUAUUCUGAAAGAACAACGUCCAAGACGCCUACUCGCCAAAAAUUAGCAAUUCGGGCCAAAUUGUCUCUGAGAUAUUAGCCCAGUUAUGCUGUGACGAUUCCAUACAAAUCCUUCUAAAUUUGGCUUGGUUCAUAAGAUUAGGAACCAGGUAAGAUUUAGAAGGAUUUGUAUGGAGUCAUUGGAGCAUAUCUGGGCUAAUAUCUCAGAGACAAUUUGCCCCAAAUUGCUAAUUUUUGGCGAGUAGGCGUCUUGGACGUUGUUCUUUCAGAAUAGCUCAACAAAUCUCAUAAUUUCACAAAUUUCAUUUUCUAUGACGUCACACUUCGGUACUCUAUUGCUUUGUACUUUAUUUAUAGGUAACCUUUGAGGGCUUUGCGGGGUCUUCAUAUACAGGAGAUAUAGCUAUCGAUGAUGUGGCAAUCACCAAUGGAAGCUGUAAUAAUCGCACUGUGUUGCCGACGAAUCCUGGCGCUGGAGGUACAUAGCCCAGCAGUUGAUUAGUCUUAAAGAUAUUUGGUGAUAUUCCUUAUGUGUAUUCCCCAUAAAGUUAAGACAGCCAAUUAAAGGAGAAAAGUAUUUUCUUUAUAUGAGGCAGCGUGGCCAAGUGGUCCAUACUUCUUGUCAUCUGGCAGUCCCGAAUUUUGGCCACGUUCCGACUGCUAUAGCUGGAUUUGUUUUGCGGCCAUCCCAAAUUUAAAUGGACCACACUUGUAAAUAGCUGCAGAUUGCCAUUUGCAAGUUGUUUAAUUUGUUGUUGUUGUUGUAAUUGUUAUAAAGCUGUGUUCUAUUUGGUUGAUUUACUGUUUCUAAUUGUUCAUGCUGCUGGGAAGCUAAGUGCAUUUUCACGGUGAAUACACCUUAUUUCUUUCAACUCUAGGCCACGCUGCCAAGUAUAGUUAGCAAGGAGAAGUAACAUUUACUCCGAAUUUUAGGUGACAGGCCCUGAGUUCAAAUCUCGCCCUGACCGCCAGCUGGAAUUGUUUUUGCUAUUCCCGAGGAUUUGCUCUUGGCAGUUCCCAAUUCAGAUCAUCGCUUGUGUUUGUAAAAUAGCCAACUGGCUCGCCUCCUAGCUUCCAAUUGGGAUUGCAUCUCGAGGAAAAUCUGCGCAAGAUGUUUUACAUUUCAAGCACAUUUUAGGCAAACAUUUCGUCUUUUGUUUUCUGUUUAGUGUUUUGGGGAGCCAGAGAUAUCUUAUUCGAGUAAAUUAAAAUCUACCUCUGAAAUUAAGUCAUGCUAUAGACUGCGUUUUGACUUUUUCUGCUACCAUUGUUAGGUUUACGGCUGGUUGGAGGAUCUAGAAGCUGGGAAGGAAGAGUCGAAGUAUAUCAUAACAACAUCUGGGGAACUGUUUGUGAUGAUUCCUGGGAUAUAUUUGACGCGCGAGUUGUUUGUCGCCAGCUUGGAUAUUCUGGUGCGGUUAGUGCCCCAGGAUCUGCCCGAUUCGGAGCCGGAAGUGGUCAAAUUUGGCUGGAUGAUGUUGCAUGCUCGGGGAGUGAAAGUUCUAUUCUCUAUUGUGUGCACCGCGGAUGGGGCUCCCAUAACUGCGGCCACAGCGAAGAUGCAUCGGUGAUAUGUUUAGGUAUGUGACAAUAAAAACCAUAUCAUGUUUGUUUUGUUUAGUAACGAACCAUGAAUGUGUGAGCGCGUCCUGGUAUGAAUGCUUUUGAAAAAACUAGCAAGAUAAUAUUAUUUGAGGCAAAUAUUGACUAUAGUUUAAGAUCUCAUCUUUGUUGUUGUUGGUUUUGGUUGUUUAUUUGCUGCCGCCAGAACUGAAAGUCGGGAGACGUUAAAAUAAUAUGCAACUUCUCUAUACUAAUAGCACCAACAACUUCCGUGCCUUGGACAACGUGGUCCCCCUGGACGUCGCCUUCUGCUCAAGCAUCUUGUAACUUUGAUUAUGGAUUGUGUUAUGGAUGGAGUCAGUCUUCCUCAGACAUAUUUGACUGGACACCCCGAAGAGGAAAUACGUCAUCUUCAAAUACGGGGCCUUCAUCAGAUCACACUAGUGGAAACGGUACAUACAAUCUCACUUUGAAUAAUUCCACAGUAUCUGCAAGCUAUCAGUCGACAAGACCAUUUUCUUGACCACUGUCAAUUAUAUAUAUAUAUAUAUAUAUAUAUAUAUAUAUAUAUACUUGUAUUCUGGGUAGAACGUAUUCCGUAGAGCGCUCAAUUCAUUUAAUUGAAGAGCAUUGACUAUUAAUAAUCAGAGGAGUUCAGGCUUCAGGAUUAAUCAUUGAUCGUUUAUUGCGACAGUGCUGUUUCGUAUGGUCCGAAAUUGUAGGACCACACUCAUCAGGCAACUUCAACGAUAUAGGGAUGCGUUAAGAGAUAGUAUCUAGGUAACAGAUGGAUUGUGUCUUAGUUACGUUACUCUAGAGUUCUGAAGUACAUAUCUGUUUCUGUGGGGGCAUGAGCUCGCUAGUUCGUUUCGCCUGUUUAGGCUACAAAGCUCUUUUUUACAAAUGAUGAUAAACUUUUCAUAAAGACAAAGAUUACAUUUUUUGCUAAUGUUGCUAUAGGCUUUACAUUUCUUUAAAACUUUCCGUUUUAUCUGGAAAGGUUUGUUAGAGUCUUGUAAAGUCCAAAUAUAUUUUGAUAGUUCCGUUUCAUUUCUUCUGUUCGAGCGUCGAAAGGAGGACUGAUGGUUUCUGUAACGUUCCUUAAAGUUUGUUGCCAGUCCGACGUAAGUUUCAGUUGUCGUCGCUGUAGUUACAGUGGCUUGGUAGAUUACAUUUGAUUGGAGGCAUUUUCCGUCGAGUGGACAAUCUGGUUUCUUUCUGCAAUUGCAGGUGUCAGGUUGUUGCGUUGGUGAGUUUAAAUUUGAAAGAACGUACUUGUUGUGUGACGAGAUGACAGAUUUCAUGUUAGGCAUGCAUGAGUAGCUUAGUUUUAGCGUGUGUCUGUUGAAAAUCUUGUGGAGUGGGUGGUUUUUGGAAAGCAUUUGUCGACGAUGUGCAGAAAUUUUCUUCCAAGGUUAGUUCUGACGUUUGAGUUGAAAGGAGGGUUGUACCAUGUGAUGUUUCUUGUUCGUUUUCUUUUGUUUUUCGGAGCUUUCUCUUGUGGGGGGUUGUAUGCUAACUUGUGGUCGUAUCCGCUUUCUGUUAGAGCACUACUAAAGAAUAUCCCACUCAACAUUAACAAAAGGUUAACUAGCAUCUCAUGCAGCAAAGAAGUAUUUGACGAAUCUAUUGCCCCUUACCAGAAAGCUCUAACAGAAAGCGGAUACGACCACAAGUUAGCAUACAACCCCCCACAAGAGAAAGCUCCGAAAAACAAAAGAAAACGAACAAGAAACAUCACAUGGUACAACCCUCCUUUCAACUCAAACGUCAGAACUAACCUUGGAAGAAAAUUUCUGCACAUCGUCGACAAAUGCUUUCCAAAAAACCACCCACUCCACAAGAUUUUCAACAGACACACGCUAAAACUAAGCUACUCAUGCAUGCCUAACAUGAAAUCUGUCAUCUCGUCACACAACAAGCACGUUCUUUCAAAUUUAAACUCACCAACGCAACAACCUGACACCUGCAAUUGCAGAAAGAAACCAGAUUGUCCACUCGAAGGAAAAUGCCUCCAAUCAAAUGUAAUCUACCAAGCCAGUGUAACUACAGCGACGACAACUGAAACUUACGUCGGACUGGCAACAAACUUUAUGGAACGUUACAGAAACCAUCAGUCCUCCUUUCGACGCUCGAACAGAAGAAAUGAAACGGAACUAUCAAAAUAUAUUUGGACUUUACAAGACUCUAACAAACCUUUCCAGAUAAAAUGGAAAGUUUUAAAGAAAUGUAAAGCCUAUAGCAACAUUAGCAAAAAAUGUAAUCUUUGUCUUUAUGAAAAGUUUAUCAUCAUUUGUAAAAAAGAGCUUUGUAGCCUAAACAGGCGAAACGAACUAGCGAGUUCAUGCCCCCACAGAAACAGAUAUGUACUUCAGAACUCUAGAGUAACGUAACUAAGACACAAUCCAUCUAUUACCUAGAUACUAUCUCUUAACGCAUCUCUAUAUCGUUGAAGUUGCCUGAUGAGUGUGGUCCUACAAUUUCGGACCAUACGAAACAGCACUGUCGCAAUAAACGAUCAAUGAUUAAUCCUGAAGCCUGAACUCCUCUGAUUAUUAAUAUAUAUAUAUAGGAAGUCUGUGUUUCGAUUUUUCCGUAGUAGAGUGCUCGAUACGUUAAAGUAGAGCGUGAUAUAAAUAUUGGAAGUAGGAAAAAAACUACACUUUCAUCCCGACAAGCCUGUUUCGUGAUCUCUCACUCUUCAGGAGAUUUUAAUGAUAAGAAUAUUCAUAACCAUCGACUAUAUACUUUGAGAUUACAUUGUUAGGGAAAAUUUAAAUUUAAAUGUUUAAUUGUUACAUAGCAACGCUUUGUUUCUGUGGCGGCAAGAAGAUACAAGUUCGUUACGUUUGUUAAGUGAUGAUAGAUUGGGGCGACAGAUAAUUAAAAAUUUCUCUUUGAGGCAAAGGUUACACCUUUUACUUGAACUGUUAUACGAUGAGCUAGAUGAAAUGAUACGCCAUGAAAUAGAGUAGUCAAUGUUGUUGUCUUUCAGGUACCAGACGUAGACGUGUUUACUUAGUUCCGUAGAGUUCCUGUGUUUUGUGUGACGGAAUGAUGCAGUGUGGUUUCUGUACCUAGUUUUGAAGGGGGUUUCUGUGAGUCCGAUGUAUGUUUCAGAAGUGUUAUUGUCGUUACGUUUGACGGUUGCUUGGUAGAUAACUGAUGAUUGAAGGCAGUUUCCGUUAAGAGGGCAUUAGUUUUUUUUCCUACUUCCAAUAUUUAUAUCACGUUCUACUUUAACGUAUCGAGCACUCUACUACGGAAAAAUCGAAACACAGACUUCCUAUAUAUAUAUAUAUAUAUAUAUAUAUAUUUUUUUUUUUUUUUCUCACGGCACAAAGUCUGCAAAUGAGUGUCUCAAUGGGGUUAACCGUAAGCCGUCAAUCGGCCUAAAACUUAACCGUCAACCGUUACCGUCAAAAAGAAUUUCAAAUCUCGCUGUUUUAGCUAAUCUUCACAGACUCGGUCUUGCUAUGGCUCCUGAGGAAUCUCUUAAUUGCAAGACCUUAGAACUUGCUUUACCUGAAAAUAUUUUGGAAUUUCAUGAGUGAAAGGCCAAACACAGCCUCCAAAACACGACAGUAAAUAUUAAUUUGUACAAAAGUACAUAUUUACUUUAGCUUUUGAACUAAGUUUCCACUUAAUGACCGUUAACCCUCAAAAGCUAUAAAAUUAAACCGUAAGCUGUCAAAAUUGAAAUGAAAAAAAAAAACGUUAACCGUCAAAGCUACCACGCCAUUAAGAUCCUCGCAAAUGAGGCCUUACUCUGCUGGCAUAUCGAUAAAUCUGUGUAGAAGAUCACAAUUCCUUUAUGAACUUGACUAUAUUUCUUAAUCGUCAUUUCUAUUUGUUUGUUUGCUUGGAUUUUAAUCCAUUUUUUUUUUGCUCCUUUAUGCAUUAUAUUGCAGACAUUAGAAAACUAUUAGAAAUAAACGUCAACCGACAGCAUUUUCAUAACUAGUUUGCUUAUUCAUGCAUGCAGCCAUAACACUGAGAAUUAGCCGUAUUUAUAUGAUCCUUGAAAAACCCUGUACUCAUUUCUUUAGGAAGUUUAAACUUUCAAAGUUAAUUAACCCUCGCCCAUAUUGGAAAAGGUGGAGGGAGGUGGACAAAAAAGGAGAGGGGUUUAUUUAACUAUAAAUAUGGUGUUGGUAGCAACGAAAUGAAAAGGUGACUAACUUUUACCUAUUCUUAGUUUAUGUUUUGUCGGAACGAGAGAUACAUUGUAUAAUCAUCUGGCAUGGGGAUCUAAGUGACAGUAGUUUUAUCGUCUUUGUACCUUACCCUGAUUGGCGUGUACGGGAGAAGCUUAAGUACUAAACGAAAUUAUUUCUCCUCUAAAAGGGUACUUUGUGUAUGGAAGAGCGAAUUGCUUAAUAGAUAAUUUACAUUAUCAUAUUUUCAUCAUAACCAAUAUCAUUAUUCUUAUUCUUAUUAUCAUCAUCAUAAUGCUCUUGCAGGCUACUACAUGUAUAUAGAGGCAACGUCUAGGCGACAAGGUGACAAUGCAACACUUCAAGUGUCAGUUUCUGGAAAUGGCGCAGCAGCUUGUCUCGUUUUCUAUUAUCACAUGUAUGGUGAUACCAUAGGAACUCUUAAUGUUUACAGCGGAAAUGAGAUGGUUUUCAAUGUAUCUGGAAACCAGGGUAAAUACUGGAUACGAGCAAGGGAAACAAUUUAUUUUCGACACAGCGUAAGUUGAAUAAGUUUGGUUCUCGAGGAAUCAACGCGACUUCUCCCCAUGUAAUGGAAUCCCGAUUCCAUUGUGAUCCUGGAAAUGUUUGCUGUGGAAUCCGGAAUCCUGGCUUUGAUAAAGUUCGAUUCUCAAGGAAACGCGACUUUUCUGUAGAUUAAAUUUCAGAAAUCCCUGAACAUGUUCUUAGAUCGGUUGAAGAAGACGGGUCUCAUUAGAAUAUAAAAGCAUCUAUCGGAUUAUCUUGCCAAUUAACCCUCUCACGAUAUUUUUAAAGAUCCUUUUCGCUUUAUUCGCACAAAAGAUUGAAAUUAUUAGAAAGAUCAUUGAUCUUUCAGCCAGUGACACAGAUGGCUUUGAGGAAAAAACCCAGGUACUCCCAAUAGGAGUGGAACCUUCCACCUUAGUCCAGUUGCUCUGGCACUAAGCCACAGGAGGAUCGUGGGAGCUAAGGGACGGAUCAUUAGAAAACUUAUGGGGGAAGGAGGGUACCAAAAAAAUAUUUGCCCAAGGGAAAAUUAAAUGAAAAAAAUUCAUGCCCGCCAAUAAACCCGAAAAAAUAUUCAUGCUAUGGCCUAAAAAAGAUUCACAUAAAGAUUUUGAUAACGAAAAAAAAUUUUCUGCGGCUCGAAAAUUUCCACCCCCCCUCCCCCUCCCCCAUAACUUUUCUAAUGGUCCGUCCCUAAGGCCACUAAACUAUAGGUUCAUGUGACAAAUGUCCUGCAUACUGCUAGGACUAAAAUGUCGAUAUGAUCUUAUGCGCAACGGCAGAGACGUGAUGAUUAAUUGGCUAUUCGCCAUGUUGUUAAUCUUUAGUUACCUUCUUUGUGUUGAUCACUUUUUUUUUUAAUGCCGUUUUAGUCUCCACUUGCAGCAGCCCAACUUGUUUGACCUUUUCAAGUACUUGAACACUUCCCGAUUCUUCGUCUUUUAUUUAUAGGUAACCUUUGAGGGUAUUGUGGGGUCUUCAUAUAGAGGAGAUAUAGCUAUCGAUGAUGUGGCAAUCACCAGUGGAAGCUGUAAUAGUCCGACUGUGUUGCCGACAAAUCAAAGCAUUGGAGGUAAAUAUUCCCCAAAAUUGUUGAUUAGACUUAAAAUACUUGGUACAUAUUUCGUUUGAAACUAAGAUGAAGAACACAAGUAUCUUCAAUAUGAGAGGCAGCGCUAUUGACUGAGUGGUCAGUGCUUUGCUGAGUAAUCCGGCAGUCCCAGGUUCUUGUUUCGCUCCGACCGCCAGCUGAAUUUACUUUUAGGUCGUCCUGAAUUCAAAUUCCCGGCCACGAUUGCCAAUUGUUGUCUCUGUUUGUGUUGUUUUUAUUUUAAUCCUGAUAAUUUUUUUUAGACUAUCUGGUUCUACAUUUAAUAAUUUUAGUGGGGUGCGUGUAACUAGCUGGAAAGCUAAGUGUAUUUUCACCGUGGAUAAACCUUGUUACCGUUUUAAAGUGGCCAGCGAUCGUUUAAAGAUCGUUAGAUCGUUUUUUUUUUAUUGUACUUCGGUGGCCUUGUGUUGCUCUGUAUAGCUAACAAGUUCAUUCCUUCCGUUUGGGAUUCUAAAUUCGCACAACUUCGCUUGUGGUUAACUCGUUUUCUUUUUCAGUUUCUACUUCCAUAAUUACUACGUAGGCUACAAAAAUAUUCAUGGUUGCGCUGAGCAACAUUCGAGAAAAAGAAGGAACUAUUUCAAGAACUUACAACUUGCAACUUGCAAAAAUUAUUUCUGUUAUGUUUAAUUUGAAAGUUUUAAACUAAAACUGCACGUUUUUAAGGGCUUCUUUGCAUUUCGUGAUUUUGCUUGAUGCAUUAUAUGGUCUUAAUGCCGGCGUCGAAAGACUGUAGCCAUGGAAAGGGUUGUUUACUUUGAAUGUGGCAUCUGAAUUUAGUUAUUUAUUAAUCUGUAAGAGCCCUUUGAGUGAUUUUAUGAUGGAAAAUAAAUUGUAGGAUACAUCGACACCUGUUGAUACUUCAGUAAGAAUGUGCAUAUUAAAGGGGAUAGAAAAAGAAAAAAAAGCUUGAAGCGAGUCUUUGUAAUGGUCAAGUUUUGUUAUUAAAGACUACAUUCAGGCUUUGAAAUUGUUUCUUGCCGUCUUUACUACGGUUGGCAAGGAAGACAUGAAUAAUUUAAUUCAAUUUAAUUUAAUUUAUUCCAUUUUCACUGCAAAAAAGAAAACUACACCCAAAAACUACAACAGACACUUAAAUAAAGAAAAAGAGAAAGGAAAACAUUAAAAUUAUAUCUAAAAUGUAAAAACUAUAAUUGCUAACAUGUCAUAUCCUAGAUUAAUCUUAUCAGAAAAUAACAUCGAUCACUACAUCCAAGUGACAUGCGGGUGGUCAGGGUCGAAGCUCUUCUUUUUAUAGAACUCAUUUCAUUGUUUUUUAAAUAAUGAUAGGCGUAAAUUAGAGGUCCUGAGUUUAUCAGGAAGGUUGUUCCAUAAAUAUGGUAAUCUAUUGAAAAAAGUGCCUUUGAAUAAUGCGGUUCUGACUUUGUUGAUCUUUAACGGGCAGGACUUUUCCGCGGGUGGCGGGUGGCAGGUGACGGGUGACGGGUGGCGGGUGACGGGCAGCGGGUGGUGGGUCAGGCCGUAAAAAAUUAAAAAAAAAAAUAAAAAUAAAGAGGGGAAACCAAAAAAAUAAAAAUAAUAAUAAACAUUACAAAAAGCGAUAUUUUAGCAAUAUUAUUCUACACGAUAUCGCAUGCACGAGAUAGCUUGAGGAACUCAUAAAAAUUAAAGGAAUAUUUAUCCUGCGACCAGACAAGUAAGAACGCAUUCUCUUCUCGACAUGUUUGAACAGUGUCUCAGAUUUUUGACAAGUGUGUUUGUUCUUUUGUUAUAAGUUGGGAUAAACAUUGCCUUGCCCGUGGGAUAAAUCUUUGCCAGUUUCGUUCCCGACUUGUAGUUUGAAAUGAACAAAAUGUCUAUUUCGAGAAAACAAAGAAAUUUUCGUAAGACUAAAGCAACAAAGCUGUCAAUGUUAAUGCGUACCAGAGAAGGAGCAAGAACGUUUUUGACACAGCAUGGACCGUUUUCGCCGCAUGUGGCGUCUCGGACGCGAAUUGAUCUCGUAUGUAUAUAUAUACAAAAAGGAUAUGCAUUUUUUAAAUAGUACUUAAAAAUACUCAUUUAUGGCAAUCAUGCCGCAUACUAGGGCAAAAACUGAUCUACGACACGGGAGGCCGAAUCUCUUGCAGUCUGUUAUAAACACGGCUAAACAGUUGGGGAAGUGCAAUCAUCUCUCGUCUUGAUGUGGAAGAAAAGCAAACUAGACAAACAAGAUCGACAUGUGCCAUGUGUCUUGCUUGACAUAGCCCAUUUUCAUUUGACACACCGCGUGUAGCCUGAAGAAACGUCACUUGCGGUGCGGAGCAAGGAGAGGCGAGUGUUUUCACAGGCAUGAUUUCUCGUUUUUUUUUUUCCAUUUUUAGUCCGCGCAAGUAGAUAAAACAAAACAAGAAAAUACUUUUAUUUGGAGUCUGAUACCUAGUACAUAAACGUUGAGAUUAUUUUAAAAUUACAACAUACAGUUAUAUCAUUAUCAAUAAUAAUAUUUUAUUAUAAUAUUUUAUUUUAAUAUAUAUUUUUAACCCGCCAACCGCCACCCGCCACCCGUCACCCGUUACCCCUCACCCGCCACCCGCUACCCGUCACCCGCCACCUGCUACCCGUCACCCGUCACCCGUCAUCCGUCACCCGUCACCUGCCACCCGCCACCCGCGGAAAAGUCCUGCCGAUCUUUAACUUAUUACUAGAAUAUGACCUUAAUCUUUUGUCUGAGCAAAAGUCAAAAUAUCUUUCAACUGGAUAGUUAUAGUAACCACACUUCAGUUUAUAAAAUGUUGUUAUGUCUUUAAUUGCUCUUUGGUACACCAAUGGGAGAGGAUUGAGCUGCUGAGGGCGUUCAUUGUAAGUUAAAUUAGGUAGGAGAAGCACGUCGUUGGACACCCUCAAUAAGCUUUAUUAAGGUGACAGACUUUGGACUCCAGAUUUCAGAGGCAUACUCCAAAUGCGAACGCACAAGGGCCACGUAGAGAGAUCUAAAUGUUGGCAGAAACUGGUCGCUCCUGCUGCUGAGUGAACGACGGAUAAAACCUAACAUCUUAUUAGCUUUGUUCGCCUGGGCGUAGAUAUGCUCAUUGAAUCGAGCAUCACAAGUGAUGAGAACGCCAAGGUCACGCUGAGCCUCCACUCUCUUAAAUGCCUUUCCUGUCAUAUUGUAAUCAUACAUUAUUGGAUUGCGCUUCUUCGUGAUAGUGCAAAGCGAGCAUUUAUCCAUGUUAAAAGCCAUCUUCCAAACAUCACUCCAGUCAACCAGGUUAUCAAUAUCACCUUGAAACAGCACACAGUCACUGGCAGAUCUAAUAGUGCGGAAGCAUUUGGCAUCGUCGGCAAACAAUGCCAAUGUGCUAGUCUGAGACACAGCACAAGGCAUGUCAUUGAUGAAUAACACAAACAGAGCAGGACCAAGCAGGGAGCCCUACGGGACUCCCGAGGUGACCGGUAACCACUCAGAGUUUUUGCCAUCGAUUACCACACGCUACACCCUGUUAUCCAGAUAACUUGUGAACCAACUGCAGAAGAGGGCCUUUAAUUCCAAUUUGAUCUAACUUGCUGAUCAAGUGGGGGUGCGAGACUGAGUCAAAUGCCUUGGAGAAAUCUAAAAAAGCGACGUCAGUUUGAACACCCUGGUCAAUUGCGCUUGUUAUCCGAUGCACAUUGUCCAAAAGCUGGGUGAUAGUUGAGCGUCCCUUAACAAAGGCAUGCUGCAGCGGAUAAAUAUUACCAGCGAUGAGAGAAUAAAAAUGAGCGAAUACACAACGUUCAGCAAUCUUGGAAACAAGACUUAAUAAAGAAAUGGGUCUGUAGUUGAUAACCUCCUCUUUGUUACCCUUUUUAAAAACAGCAACAAUGUUUGCACACUUCCAAUCCUUAGGGACACAGGCAACACGCAAAGAUAGCUUAAUUAAACGCGUGAGUGAGGAAGCAAUCUCAGAAGUACAUUCUUUUAAAAGUAUCCCUGGGAUUUGAUCCGGUCCAUAAGCUUUCGAUGGAUUAAUAGCUUUUAAUUCUUUUGUCACUUCUUCGAUGCUUGUUUGAAUUAGGUGAAGCUCAUUAUCUGUAGCUGUUUGCGUACUUGUUGUUGUAUGCAAAUUGGGCUUCUGAAAUACAGAGGCAAAGAAGCGAUUGAUUAGGUUAGCCUUGGCUAUAUGUGUAGAAGCCUUCUGAUCACCAAAACAGACCACUUUAGGAAUCCUUGCAGAUUUUGUUUUUGCCCCGUAGAAGGGCCAGAAUUUCUUCAGAUUGGUCUGCAUAUUCAUUAGGAAGUCGUGAUGUUUUCGCUUGGUAGCAGUUUUUAUUUGUUUACGUUUCGCCCUAUAAUUGUCCCAGAGUAUUGGUGAAUUAGACUGCUUAGCUCUCUUCCAUAAGCGGUACUUUUGCUUAAAUGUAUUAGCACUUGAAAAAAUUGGGUAAGAUUACUCAAGUUUUAACUACUAUGCCUGAAAAAAUUAACCAAAAGAUUGUUAGUUAGUGCUGCCUGAUAGAUAACUAUGCCGUUGUGUUUUGUGUAUGGGCACAGGCAAUAACUAAUGACUUAAGCAAGACCCGGGAACAAUCUCAACCGACACUUGCAGUUCUUAAGGAUAGAUUUGGUUCUUUUUGUUUCUUGCAGGUUGUUUAGAUCUAUCCCCGAACUUCUGUUCAUCAUUCGCUCAUGGAAAUUUCUGUGUGAAUAGUUUUGAUUUGUCUCGAAAAUAUUGCGAAAAAACAUGUGGUUUUUGUGGAGGUAUGUAUCAAGGACGCCAGUAUCUUGCCUUUGUACAUGUAUUUUUUAAUAGCCUUUUUUUCCUUUUAUCUUUGUAAACAGAUUUUUGCUGGUUACUUAUUUUCUUAUUUAUCGUUUAUCUCUCUUUUACAGCGGGUUGCUCUGAUAGUCAGGUUGUGUGCUCAGAUCUUUCAAACAGCUUUUGUUCCGCUCAUUUCUACUGGUCCUGGCAAAAUUGUCGACGGUCUUGUGGUUUCUGUUCAGGUAAACAUUCUGCACCUUUUUUCUUUCUUUGUUUCUUUUUUUUGUUUGUUUUUUUGUUUUUUUUUGUUUUUUUUUUUUUUUUUUUCCAGUUUAGUCCAAUUUAAGUUUAUAUUGGCUCCGAGCUUGGGAUAAUAAUAAUAAUGAAAUAAACUUUUUUAAAUCGAAAUUAAUCGUAAAUAGGAUUUUAUAAUUAGCUUUUUAUCAUUGUUAUUAUUACUUUCGUUAAUAAUGCAAGAUUUUGGCGUCAAAAUUAUGGUAAUAAUAAUAAUAAUACUAUGUUAUGGACGCAGAUCAACUUGUCUUUUCCUAAUUGUAAGACCAACUGACAUAUGGAUCAGUGGUAACCUUUUAUGGUCUCGUUUUAUCUUAAGUGUUCAUUAUAUAUAACGAGCUGCUCCAUAUAAAAUUUCUAACAUUACAUAAGCGGCUAUAUAGGUGUGCCAAAACAACGAGACGGCGGCCAUGUUGGUGUACCAAAAAAAUCCUUUGGGGUUUAACCUCCUUUGUCAUUUGAAGAUUAACCCUCUCUAGCUUUAACCUUUCUAUACUUUACAUCUUUUAGCUAAUGCUUAUUCGACGCCCACUGCAGCUGGUUCCAGGUUACCACCAAGUACUUAUUCACCAGAAAGACAAACGCCAUCAAAAGAAGAGAUGAGAGAAUCAGUUAUGUUGAAGGUCAAGAAUAUGGAUAUAAAAAAGGUACCGGUAGUUCGUUCGUUUCACGCCAUGAUCAGUGAACUUAAGUAGUGCCCAAAAUAGAUUGUCCAUACACUGCGUGCAGCUUGUUUUUAUUACUUUUAUUGUUGUUUUUGUUUGUUUGUUCGUUUUUUGCUCUUGGUUUGAUUGUUUUAAUUGGUGCUACAGGAAUAACCUCACUAAAAUUUUAGCCUUUGAAGAAAUGAAGUUGCUAGCUCGUUAUUAUGUUCCCGGCCGUAAAAGGAACUGUUGGUAUUUUAAGGUAGCAAGAUAGCAAAGGAAGCUUUUAAGCGUCAAAAAGAUAUAUCUGCGCUGCUUUGCAGAUAGUUAGAAGGAUCAGGUGAGACAGCACCCACCACCGGGAGUUUACCCUGGAUACCUUGGAUUUCUAUGCUAUAACAUUAAGCUCUUCAAAGGAACAUUGACAACAUUGUUUCUUUGUUUUGAAUGACCCAAGCUAAUAUCCAGAAACCAGCUUUACAUAACAAAGGUUAAUAUGGAAUAUUUCUAGCAGAUUUUGUUUUUGUCGUUAUUGUUGUAUAUUUUUUGUUUGUUUUUUCUAAGCCCAUAUUUGGCCAGUCAGACGUGCGAAAAUUAGGUGUUAUUAUUAUUAUGAUUAUUAUUAUUAGUAGUAGUAGUAGUAGUAGUCGUAGUCGUAGUCGUAGUCGUAGUCGUAGUCGUAGUCGUAGUCGUAGUCGUAGUCGUAGUCGUAGUCGUAGUCGUAGUCGUAGUCGUAGUCGUAGUAGUAGUAACGCUGUUUUUUUGGUUUGGUGUUGUUUUGCUUUUUAUUUAUGCCUUUUUGCUUGUUAUUUUUAUUUAUCAGUGGGACCAAAACAUGGAACGCUCUUUCAAAAACAAAGUUGCAGAAGCAGCGAUGGAAUAUUGUGCUAAAGCUCAAUGUUACCCUGAGCAGUCAAGGUGAAUGGUGUUGUUUAUUUUUGUUUGCAAGAUACGAAUGAACUCUUAAAUUAAUAAUAUCACGGCUUUAUUUAAAAAUUGGAAUUCCGCUGUUCACAUCGUCUUCGUGUUUCUUCACGGGUUAAGAUGAACUCAAAAAAUUGUCCUGCUCCAAAUGUAUGGUUCUUCAUAGCUCAAAUGGUAGAGAAGGGCAGCACUAACGCAGAGGCCAGUAAGUCGCGUUGCUUAAAUUGCAAUUACCACUGCCACGAUCAUAUCUUGUGAACAUCCUCUCCCUUUAAACCCUUGCCAAAGUCUUUCGUCGGGUUCCUCGUUCAUGUUUCCGUUCUUUUAAAGCAUACUAGCUGCAAUUUAAUAUUUUGAUCAUUGAUGGCAAUAAACAGCGUUUAUAGAGGUAAGAAAUAAGAACAUUUUUUUGCAAUAAUAUAUGUAGAUUUAGCCAGAGCUAAAAGCGACGCUUUCGAUAAUAUUUAUAGUUUCUUCAAACAAAAUACAAAAUCAUGAUAGUGUAAUUCUUUGCGACGAAGGCAACGCCGGAGAACGGUGAAAAACAGCAAUAGGUCCUAAUUAGCAAAAAAGCAACUUUGCACGUGCAGCACACUCUUUUUUUGUACCUUUCUUUGCUGUUUUUUGCACGACUACAACGUGAGACUUCCAGAAACUUCUUAGUUACACGUUUUAUGGAGGAAAUAUCGUACGUGUUCUCGUUCACUUUUGUUUGUCACUGCCGCUUAUUUUCACCCUUACAUCGGUGGCCGCUAGCAUUUCUCAUUUUGUCACCGCCACUACAAAAUCUUUAUGUUCUUCUUCCAACAGAAAAUGUCCCCUUUGUUUUCUAUCUCUCGCUCUAUAUUUUCUUCGCCCUUUUUCUCGUCGAGAUUCGCUGGCCUGCCGCCAAUUUCUCUUUUUCUCUGUCUUUCUCUUGCACUAUAUUCAAAAUUUGUGGACAUGACAAUUAAUCUAAUUAAAUUUCCGCUUUCCCUUUUCGUCUUCAUUGGCUCUUUAGUUGCUUCACAAGACGCGGAUGGCUAUGCGCUUUCCCGUCAAAAUAAUCUCGAGUUGCAUUUGGGUUGCCAUACCUGUUGAUUGAGAUAUUUUACAUUGGUAUGCCUGUGGUGCAGACGGACGGACGGGCGGGCGGUCUACGGUCACGUAUUUACCAAAUUUUCUCCGAUGGGUAGUUUACCACAUUUUCUUACACACAAUGCUCCGCUGCGCACGGUUCGCGCGCAAGAGCUCCGCUAAAAUCUUUAUCCGUUUAUUGGUCAUCAUCAUCAUCAUCAGUAUCAUCUUCGUUUUCAUCAUCAUCAUCAUCGUCAUCAUUAUCCUCGUAAUUAUUUGCGUCAGUUUGUUAAUCUUUACUUUUACAUGAUCUUACCUUAAUUUUUUAUAUUAUUUCGUUUUUAUUUUCUCAUUAUUUGCAUGUAUGUUAUCCAUAUUUUUUUAGACGAAGGCGCUCGUCUGUAAACGUCACAUUUACGGCUGACAUGGUUCACAUUCUUCCUGGUUAUCCCAAACACUCAGACGAUCCUUCUGAAGUAGUCUUACUGGCAUUCUACUUGAGUCUUCCACAAGGAAUUUCGGAAAGCAGUAUUGUCCCUGAGACGGUAUUACAUAAAAUCGUGAUGGGCAAUAAAGAUAACAUUCAAACAUCUAUUGGAGGUGAAAUCUCAAGUGUUGAUCCUUUCCCAUCCGGCACAGAGCAACAGAAAGACGAGGAAAGCGACAAGGGAAACGACGGAAAGUCAAAACCAACCAACGUUCUUAUUGGGGCGUCGGUGGGUGGUGGACUGCUCUUAAUUAUUAUUGCUGCCAUUCUAAUCGGAUGCAAAAAGACUGACAGGUAA